CGUUGACCUUGUUACCAGAAUCGGUUCGGCGCGACUUCGGUGUACCGAAUUCGAAGUUUUCGUCCAUUUUUACAAGGAGAUCGGUUUUAAAAAGUAUAUUUAAUAUAUAAUACCGUUUGAAAUAAAAAUUUUUCAACAAAAUAUAAAUACCUUCGAAAAACUGUCACGAUACACAUUCGUUAUUAUAUUUCGUGCGUUAUUUUCUCUUUCUUGAAAUUAAUUUUUAAAUGAUUUUCCGUGUGUUUUUACGAAAAAAUUAUUUUUAACCGGUUCUCUGUUCGUUUUAAUCGUUAUUGUUUUUUUUUUUUAUUCUUUUUUUUUUUUUUUUUUUUUAAUUUAAAUUUAAUAUUUUCAUAUUUAGAUUGUGUAACUAUGUGUGGUAACUAAUAUACGACUCGUAUCCUAAAGCCGAACACACGUUUAUAUAGUGCGGCGCCAAUAACCCGGACUAUUUUUUUCUUUCCAAGUCGAUACUUGCACAAUUCCAAUCGGCAUUCAAAAGGUAAGUGGUGUGUAUAUAAAUAUAUGCAAUACAUUACAUUCAAACUCAGAAUUGUAAACUAUAUUAAAUCGCGGACUGUACAAUUAUUUUUCCUAUUUAUAUAAACGGUGUCGAGUAUUAUUACGUAAUAUAUUUGUAUGCAAACAUUAUUAAAAUUUGAAUACGGUCAAUUUUUACUUCUUUUUUUAAAAAACUCAUUUUUUUGCCCUUUUUGAUUACCUAAAUAAUCAAAAAUCAUAAUCCAAUACGCUCCUUCGUGGGAAAUUUUUUUUCCCUUUCCGACAGACAGGAAAAUACGAAAAGGAAAAUACAAAGCGUGAAAGAUAUUUCUUGUGAUGUUUUGAACGAAAAAAAAAACAUAUUGCUAGUCGUGCGCAGGCCCGUUAGAAGAAAAAAACCAUUAAAUCCGAAUUAUUGUAAAUAUUUAUAAUUAUUAUUAUAUAACAAAAUUUUUAAAAAAAAGUAAAAAAAAUCACGAUCCAGGACCCUUAAUAUAUUAUUAAAAUACGAUUUAAAUGUACACUGCUCUCUUAUAAUAGUCAAAAGGUAGUAUGUCAUAUUAUAAUAGGUAGUUUUAAUGGUAAUUAUUUUUUUAAUGAACCACCUUAUUUUCUUAAUUCUUAUAUCGAAAAUAUCGUGUGUGAGUUAAUACGAACAAAAUUAUCAUGUAGUAGACAGUGUGAUCAGCUACUUUGUUUAAUCUUUAGUAUAAUAUGUGCAGUACUGAUUUUUCGCUUAGUAUUAUUCCGAUAUUUUAAAAAACCGUAUAUGUUUUACCGUAUAAAAUAUAUUACGGAAUUUUUCCUAAAGAUCAAAAAAAUGCGCCUUAAAAAAAAAAGAAUGAAUAUUCGGAUAAAAAAAAAAUAAAUAUACUUUUCAAAUUUUCGCAGUCGUCAAAUCUUACUGCCCAUUUGACUUCGGAGUACAGUAUAUCUGUAAUAGGUGUACACUAAAAUUAAAUGCAUAUCGAUCUGACUAAUAUGAGAUCGAUUUACUAGUAUAGUAAUAAUAAUACGAAGUAAAUUUAACACAAGUAAAAUAAAUGAUAUUAAUAAAUAAUAUUAUGACUCAUUAUAAUAGUAUUACAAUUGAUUAACGAAACAAAACAGUAGCUUUAUAAUAAUAUUAUCUGUAAUUAAUUAUAAUAUGCGUAUAGUUUUUUACCAUUUUUUUACAAUUUUAUUUUGUUAAUAAUACGCGGUAUUAUCGUAUAAUGUAAUAUUAUUUUUUUCGUCGUCAAUUUGUUUUUAAUCGAGAUAAUAAUGUAUAAUAUAACAAACAUAUUUCAGCUGAUUAGCAUAAUAUAUUAUUAUUGAUCUCUAUAUUAUUAUAAUAUACGUUCAUUAAUAAUAAUACUUGUAUGACGGAUCAUGUAUUAACGACGACAAUUAUUAUUAUCAUAUUGCUAAUCGUAUUUCAUAAACGAUCGCGUAUGCAGUGAUGCAGCGUAAUAUUGUAGAAUUAUCGUCGUAUGUCAUUUCAGUUUGCCAAACGCUGAUAAACGUAUUGUAGUCAAUACAAUUUUUUUUCCCCAGAGAGAAAUAAAAAAAAAAAUUCACCAAGACUUUGCCGGUGCUAAUUUGACGUAGAUGAAAAAAAAACGCAAAAAUCUCAAAAAACUAAGUAAUAAUAUGCUAUUAUACCAGUCGAUUAUAUUGUUUUGAACGGGGUCGAUGGCAAAGGAGACACGACGACCUUUCGCCGCAGGAGUGGUUCGGGAAACCACUCCCGCGGUUCGGAAUUAUUUAUCCCGAAGAAAUAACGUUUGUGUUUUUUUUUUUUCAUUUUUUUCAGUUUUUCCAUUAUUUUUUUUUAAUAGGUUCACUAUAAUAUAUUUUAUUUGGUAACACGAGCAGACGAAAAGAUCAAAUUAUGUGUUAUAUACACCGGCAAUUAUUAUCUUAUCUUAAAAUACAAGUCUUUCCAUAAUCGAAAGAAAAAGAAAAAGAUUUUUAUAAUAUUUUAUAUCUACGGUACACAAUAUACAUACAUAUUAUACAGUUUUGGUAUUGAUUUCAUAUAUAUGUACGUACACAUAAUAUUAUAUUAUGUAUAUAUAUUAUACUGCAGACACACGUGUAGAAUAUAAAGAUUAUAGACAUAUUUUACAUGAAAAAAAUAAAAAAUGCAAUUAAUAAUUAUACGUGUACUAAUCUACGCCGAUAUUAAGAUAUUAAAAACCUUAAUUAAUUCUCUAAAAUACUAAUAUAAAAACAGUAAUUAACAUCGUAACUCGAUUUAUUUUUUCAAGUAAGUAGUUGAUAACUUUAAUCAUAAUUCGUAUGGGAAGAAUAACUAUUUUAAUAAGGAAAAUUUAAAAUAAAUCAGAAAUAGUACGCGGAAUGCUGUGGUUUAUACGGUCGAUUUUAAUUAAGAUUUUAACUUAAAAUCGUUUACAAAAAAAUAAUUACUAUAUAUAUAAUAUAUAUAUUACAUACGUUACGCUCAACUUCUUUUUUUUUUUAUCACUAAGUACAGCUUACUAUAAUGAACCUCGUGUUAAAUAUUUUCAAGCAUUUCUGCACGGCCAAAACAAUUUUAUUCACAUUUAACCCAACAUUUUAUAAAGCCUUUAAGAUAGCUCUAAAAUAGAUAAAAAAAACUCAUAUAAGUAUUCUGUGAAACAUUUAGAUCUCUACGAUUAUUUUUAACCAUAUUACGAAAAAAAUAAAAACCUUAACUAAAAAAUCAAAAAUGUAUGCAUUACAAAACGUAUUAUCGUAAAAAGUAUGGGUAAAAUAUUUCAAAUACCUACUAAUUAAAUAUUGUUCUUAAUACUACUUAGGAAUUAUAUUUAUUACGUAUUAUAAUAAUGUUGCUGUAGAAAAUCAAAUAAAUUUAUAAGACGAGAAAAACGUGUCAAGUCUCUUUUUUUUUUUAAUUUCCCGAGCGAAAAAUGUUGAUAAUUUAAAAAGUUUAAAAUUCCGUUUAAAAUACGGUGUUUUUUUAUUGUAAUAUUGUAUACUCUUAUACUAUGUACGUAUAUAUAUAGUGUAAAACGUUCGAUAUUCUCCAUUAACUGUUUCUCGUAUACCUAUACGUUUUUAGUACAAUUUUUAAUAUCUAUAAGAGUGUAAAAAAAAAAAAAACUAUAAUUUACGAUGCUUUUCUGAAUACCUAAUGCCACGUUUUUAUAAAGAAAAAAAAACUAUAAUAAAAACUAUGAAAAAAUUUACGUUUUUAACAGUCUUGAUGUUGCCUGCUAUUGGGCACCUAUAAUACCUAUGCAUAUAUUUUUAAACAUAGUCGCUGAUGCAAAGGAAAGUGUAAUAAUAUUAUAAACUAUACUCGAAACGAAGCGGGACAUAAAAAUUAAAUAUUUAUUAUAUAUUACGACACAAUCGCGUUAAAACAAAUAUUUUAAAAAAUACCUGUUAUAUUGUAUUAUAUAGAUAAAAAAAAAAAAAAAACUAUAUUGGUAGGUAGGUAGGUUUGUAGGUAUAUAUAAUAUUUAAACCGAUCAUUAAACAUUUCUCGUAAUCAUAUUAGCAUAAACUAUUGUUUUUGUAAUAUUAUAUUCUUGAAAAUAAUCGUAGGUAGAUAUAUCUCAUCGAAUUUUAUGGUCGUAGUUAUUUUUUUGUAAGUAUAACAAUAUUGUGAUAUUAUAAGAACACGUUAUUUCCGAUUGAAAAUUGUUGAUUAAACUAAAAAAUAUAGGUAUAUUAUAGUAAAAAAAAAAAAAAAAAUGCGAUUGAGCAGGAGUCGUCGCCAACAAAUUUUGUUUUUUUUGUCCCCGCGCAAAAUAUUAUGGUCUCAAAAGCAAUACGCAUUUCUGCGUUGCGACUUUCCGGUUGAGUUUAGAGCGAACGUACAUUUUAUAAAAGCGAAUAUUUACUAUGGAUUCUGCAAGUGAUUUUUUUUUUUUUACAUAUAUUUUCAUUUCCCAAUAAGUUAUUAACGGUUAAGAGAAACAUCAAGCUAAAUUAAAAUGAGUACACGUCAUGACGAUGAAAAAUGAAAAUAUUGAAAAUCCGUUCAUAAGAUACCAUUAUGGUUUUACACAGUCAUAAUGGUAAAUGGUCUUUUUAAAAUGUAUGAUGCGUCUCUGUGUCAUUUCAACCUGCAUAUUUAACCAGUGAGUCACAAUCGUAGAAAUUCGUAAGGCCUAAAUUGCUAUGUAUGAUAUUAAGAUUACGCGUAAGACAGACAGAGAAAACAAAUUUCGGUGAUGAGGGUCCGUUAAAUCGCAUUUCCGCAAAAAUUACCUAUUGACUGUGUGUAAUUUGUUAUAAUUUUUUGUUUUUCUUUUUUUUUUCCACCAUGCGCGUGCGAAUGACAGCAACCGAUUGCCGUAUGAGUAAAGGCCGCGGUAAUGCGGUGUCUGCCAGCCGGAUAUGAGGAAAGGCGGCGGCAGCGGCGGCGUUGGCGUUGUUGCAGCGGUGGCGUCCAGCAGUUACCGGUGGCGGUUUACAUUGACGCUGAUGGUGUGCAUAUUGACGGUGGCCGGUGGAGGCGGCAGCGUGGAGGGCUGCGGCCCGUUGCGUGGGCCGUCCAAGUUCCGGAACCCUCGCAAGAUGAAGCCGCUAGUAUUUCAGCAACACGAGCCCAACGUGAGCGAGAAUUCGAUCACGGCCAGCGGCCCGCUGGAGGGCCGGGUCCAGCGCAACGACUCCAGGUUCAUGGAACUGGUGCCCAACUACAACGCGGACAUCGAGUUCAAAGACGACGAGGGAACGGGCGCCGACCGGCUGAUGACGCAGGUAAGGCACGAAGUGCGAAAUCAAUUAUAUCUAAAUGUCGACAUUAAUGUAUAGCGUAUAUUCCUGGGGCUCAAAAUGAAGGCGUAUAUUGGAUAGUGAUGCCUAUAUAUUAUUCCGAGUAUACCGAGUUAUCCCUCUGUUACGUCAGGGCCGUAUCAUAUGCGGGGAGAAAAGAAAAUCAGUAAAAAAAAAAAUUUUAAAAAACCACCGAAAUAAGCAAAAUCACUUGCGGAUUUUAUAUUAUGAAAUCAAUGCAAAGUACGAUACAUACAUUUUUAUACAGCAAUCUGUUAGAUUUUCACGUCAAGCCAAAUAAAUAACGAAAUACUACAAGUAACAAUGACAAGUCUGCCGACUUCCGACGAUAACGGUUCGAAAAUAAAUAAUUAAUAAUUAAUUUCGCCUUCCGGAGAAAAUCGCAGAGGCGGCUUGAAUAGCGUUUUGAUGGGCCGCAGAAACAUCGUUUUUAUCCGACCAUUAUCAGGAAUAAUCAAUUAUUAUAAUCAGUAAAAUAGUUGUCCCUAACCUUAGAUCACGGAAUGCAUUAUACUUUUGAGUAUUUUUUUUUUUUAUAACCAAAAUUAAUUGUUCCCACCUAUGUACCCGGAUUAAAAGACACAUUUUUUUUUUUUACGGAGCGUAUAUGAUACUUGCGGGAUAGAGUUGGGCGGGUAUUAUUUGAUGCUACUCGAACCCCAAAUAAAAUAUCUGAAGCCGCCUCGGAGAAAAUGUCAAAGAAAACGCUUUUAACCGCCUCGAAAACAAACAUUACGUAAAACGAAACGAAUAACACUUGUCGUUUGUAAUAGUUUAAAUAAUAAUAGUUUUGUGUUGUGCGCAUAGUGUAUGUAUAGUAUCUUACGACUUCCGGUCGCCGCGCGCCUAUCAUAUCUGUUUAUGAUGCUCAUAGGUGUAAUCUUUAUUGUAUCUUCCUGGACGGUUGUACUAAUUAUAUAUUACAAGUACGAGAGUAUUUUUCAUUUUUUUUUUUUUACCUUUCGUUUCUUUCGUUCCCACACAACACGAUAUAAUGAUUUCGUUCAUGAAAAUACCCCGUAUAAAGUCAGUCGCACUCACCCUGACCUUCGCGACGUACCCGCUAUCUGCUAUAAUAGCGUCUGCAGCAAAUAUCGCCUUGACCCGAAUUCCCUUUUUGUCAACGGGAUCCUUCGUCCUCGGCGCAGACGACUCAUCGGGGGUUCUUCGGCGUAAAAUACCGAAUAAAUAGUUAUAGGUAUUGUUCGUAAUACGGUUUCAAUUUAUAUUAUAAUAAUAUAAUACGCGUAAUAUGUACCGGUUACCCGGUUGAACAUUUCAAAUGUCCGUGUACAGACAAAAAAUCCGAAAAGUACUAAGGUCUUGUACGUAAUGCGCACGUAAUACUUGUAUAUAGUUACAUUAGGUACAACAUGUCCGGAAUUCAAUGUAUAAGUAUUUCAAAUACCUAAUACAUUUUUUUUUAUUAAAAUGAAUCUUGUCAAUAUACAAAGUAAGCAAAAUUAAUUUGUAUUUCUUACAUUUGUAGAUUUGUAUAGCAUAUUUUAACAUAAAAUAACAAAAAAUUAAUAGUAUAUAAUUGGUAAAUUAAAGUAUUUCAUUCUUUUAAUGGUUGUUUCUACAUAAAAGAUGGAAAAAGGUGGGGGGCUAAUUUUCAUAUUUGUACCUUUAUAAAAUUACUAUUUAAAUUAAUUAAUAAUUUUUAUUUGCCAAUUUUUGUCUAUAUUAAAAUAAUUUGUGUUAAUAUUUAGAUAAUUUAUUUUAAAAAAUCAAGAUUUAUACACAGUCUUAAGAAAUAAAAAUACGAAAAGUUUGCAGCCUUGCUCAGUAGAAUCAAAACAAAUACUGAUCGAUUUUAUUAUAUUAAGAAUACCUAACCGGAAUGCUCUUGAUGAUAGUUUUAUUGAUAACGGUUAUAACGAUUAGGACAAAAAAAUGUUUGUCCACAAAAAAGUCCGAUUUCUCCCACUGUGCUGGGACGUCUGUACUGGAUCUUGCGUUUUUCGUAUUUACUAUCGACUACUGAACAUUUUUUUUAAGCGCGGGAACCGACGCUAAUAUACGUCAUCGUGUCGGUACUCGUGGGUUCUCAAUAACAAUAUAUGACACAAUACCUAUGUAAUACGCGUACACAGAUCCUCUAGGCAGGGGAGGUAACGGUCUUGGAAAUCAAACCUUACGUAUACACGAAAAACAUAUUGGCGCAAAUAGUCAAAAUAUUUGUUGCGGGGUGGGUUUAACCCCCGUUAUAUUGAUUGCGUGUAUACUUGGUAUUUACUCGACGAAGACUUAAUAUUUUUCGGGGAGCUCGGUUGAGUAUUCGGGGCGAGUGGGUCGGAGGGCGGUCAAAAUCCUCCGAAGGCCCCUACCGUGUUUUAAUAAACAAAAUUAAGUGCGCGUUAUGUUUGAAAUCGAACUUUUGGCCGUUUUAUUUCGGCGGAAAAUCUCGAAGGGAAGGCGGCCGCCCACGAUCCAAAACGCAACAUACGAUAUUAACUGCGUUUAUUGUUAUUACGGCGUUUGUUAUCGUCGUAACGACAACAGAACUGUAAGUAUGAAAAAACAUUACGCCGCCGCCACGGCUGUCGCACGCAAUCGUUGUCGUUUCCGAAACGAUAACGCGGCCGCGGCCGCGCGUAUGUCGAGUGCCAUAAAGAAAUUAUUACACCGACUGCAGCGAGCAACGAAAGCGCAAUAUAAUAAUAAUAAUAUAUGGGUAAUAUUUUUAAAAAAAUACCUAAUAUAUACACACACACACACACACACACACACACACACGCAUGCACAUACACGUAUUAUAUUAUUAUUUUACGAUAAAUACUCGGAGAAAUUGUAUACGUAUUAUUGUUAUACGUACCGUGUAUAAUAUAACAUGUGUAACGAUAAUAUUUCUGGGCGAAGGUGCGGUGGUUGUAGAUUAGGCGUGUACGACGUGUAGUAUUAUUACACUCUGUGUGAUAUUACCCGAUAUAAUAUUAACCGAGGAAUUAAUUUUUUUUUUUUUUUUUUCAUUUCCCCCCGUUAAAUUGUACCGCACAAUAUUAUAUUAUUAUUCCGCGUAUCCAUAAUAUUAUAUUGUGUACGGCCGGCGUACGUACCUCGCAGUCUGAUGGUCGAAACAUUGUUCGAACGACACGUAUACCUAUUUAACAAUAAUAUGACGUAUAAAUGAUUAUCAUAAAUACUCGUGUAUACGCGCGACAACCAGAUUACGAGAGGUUUUUUUUUUUUCCGUUCGUCGUCGGCGACCGCGACGCCUGGCAGUCUGGCCCGUCGUCGCCUCUUAAGUCGCCGUCGUCGUCGUCGAUUUCAAAGUCGAAUAAUAAAUAACGACUUUUUGGUUCUCGGCCGCGGACCGGUGGCGAUAAUUCGUUCGGGCGAAAUGAAAAAAAAAUAAAUAAAAUAAAAUAAAUUCCCAUUGGUAAAUACAAGACAAAUAAAAAAAAAAAAAUCGUAUACACUAUACAUAUUAUAUGCCAGCAAUGACGAUGUUUGUUUAAAUCGAAACCGGUAGUGUAAAGGUGAACAUAACAUAUGAAUAAAAUAUAAUUUUAAAUAUAUGGACAGAUGCGUGAUACGGUUUUUUUUCUUUUUACAAAUAUGCAUUGUUUAAAUUUGUAAAACAAUAGUACGUAGGUGUGUUCGUAAAUAUAUUUGGAAAAUUCGCAAACGUCGGACGUCGGAAUUUUUUCAUUUAUCAAGUUCUGCGGUAAAGAAUUCGUCUUCAUAUAUACGGAAGUAUUUUUAAUAAACCUCUUUUUUAUUGCGUUUUCAAAGAUCUACUGGACAUCUUGCAAUUUGAUGAUAACUAAAACUUGUAUAUUUAAAAGUGCUCAAAUUGAAAUUGUUCUAUUUGGUUUUUUUAUCGCACAUACCCGAAGAUUUUCUCAUAGUAUUUAUAAUUGUUUCAAAAACUGCAGUCAGUUUUUCAGAUUGAAAUUCGUUCCGAGAUUUGUAAAAUUUAUUUCGUUUUGUCCGUUAUUUAAUUCGACUAGACAAUACUUUGUUUUCCGUCCAAAAGAUUUAGGUUUUGUUUUAUUCGCCCGUUGACGGACGGAUCGAACUUUUCUUGAACGGUUUACGCGAAACUUAAAACGGUCCAAAAGGUGGGGAUUAUUCAUAAGUGACAAGCAUCGUCGAACAGUCGCUAUCGGUUUAUUCAGACACGUGUAUAAGGGUGGGGGGUUAGGGGUUUAACCUUCAUCCACCCACCUCCCGAAAUUUCAUGAAAAUUAUGACGAAAGUAGAAUUUUUAAUAGAGUUUCAAAAGUGGUUUCUGUCAAUGAGAAAAAUAAAUAUAUCUUUUUAAUUUUUUUUAAAUUUAUCAAUACGAGUAGAUAAGGUAUAUAUUGCUAUUAUUGUCAUUUUCAAUUAUUUGUAGUUUUUUUUGCUUUUAGAAAAUUAUAACUGUAUACGGCGAUAUUGCAUAGUUCGGAUUAUCAUCACAAUAAUACGAAUUACGUUAUCAUUUAGGCUGCGUUCACUAAAAAAAAAACAUUUAAUGUAAAAUUUAGCAAUAGGUAGGUACCAACCUAAAAGGCUAAAAAGGAAAGUUAUAAAAUAACGAAAUUAUUAAUGAAAAAUAAAUAAUCCUACAAUAGCUGUAAGCAUGCAAAUUUCUUUGUAACAAGAGUAUGGCAUAGCGUACAACCUUAAAAACCCUAACCCCUUGAACUGUUUUUUUGUAGACGUACCUGGCCGGUCUAUUCGAUAGAUCGAAAACUGUUCGAGAUUUUGCGAUUUUCGGACCGAAAAAUCAAACGGUACGCGACAUCAUCGCUAUGCCCAAUACGUUACAUAAUAAUAAUGUGAUACCAUGCGGCCUAUGUAGGUCGUACAUUAUAAACGUAUAUUACAAUGAUAUUAUGCUCGAGUACACCACGUACGUGUAAUUUGAUCUCGGGGGCGAGUAAUUGAGGUCGAAAGGCAUACCGCGCAUUGUUAUUGAAACGAUAUAUUUUGUUUUUUUUUUUUUUUUUUUUUUUUUUAUUAGCAGAAGCACGCAUGCCGUUAUAUUAUAAUAUUAUACACACGUAUAUAUGUAUACGCGUCGCUUAUCAAACUCCGCGCGCGAGCAGAUAAGAACGGUCUAUUGUUCGAAACGAAAAUUAGGUGAAAAAAUAAUCGAAAUUUUCGCAACCGGCAGCACAAAAAAACGGCCGGUUUUUCAAUAUUCGUCCCGCGCGCGCGUUUAAUUGGAUUUGAUUUGUUUUUUGUUUUUGUUUUUUUUUUUUUUCCACCGCGUUUAAUAAAAAUAUAAUAUAUUCGGGCUCGUGCCCGUGUUUGUGUCUAGUCAACAACGCGAACCGACAAGCGGCCCGCGAUAACAUUGUUAUUACGCGUUGUUUGUUCAUUUGUCUGUGCCUGCGUACACGUUCCUCGUUCCGUCUCCGUUCGUCGCCGCGUACACCGUACGCGCGUACGCGAUACAGGCAUACCCGCCGGUCCGUACACGGGCGUACGUGUAUAUAAUACUAUUAUAUGCAUGCAGGUAUCCUUCGUCGUCGCGGUCGCACACCGGCGACGACGGCGUUCACGGCUGUCCGGUCUCGUUAUUUCGCUGUACCGCAUUGGCGUUUAUGCGUCACCACGACCUAACCACCUGUGGACGCGUCUAGACGCAGCACGCGGCCCCCGUGUCUCUCCUGUCCGCGGCGUUUAAAACCUAUACACGCACAAGUGCACACGGGGUUGCAGACAACCUGCACAGAUAGCGCAUCGCUGCAGCAGAUACGGAUCUCCCUCUAUACCGUAUCGCGUCCGCAUUAUUAUUAUUAAAUAUUAAAGUCGCGCGCACACGCGUUUCACAUCGUUCGUAUUUCCCGUCCGAUAAUCAAUGGGAUAGGUGUAACGAAACGAUUUUGGAGUAUAGAUUUUUAUAAUUUUGUUUUUAUUCUCCGUCCAAAAUAAUAAUAUAUUUCGUCAAAUUUGAAUUUACCACGGUCAUCCCGGCACACGUAUACCGUUAGAAUAUUCUUGACUUUGGCGUGUACGCAUUGCAAUAUGAUAAUGAUACGGAGUAGAGUAGACGUGAAAGGAAAUCCAAACUCUACUCUACACAAGAGACAAAAAUGCAGCGCGGUUUCAGGUUUCAUUGAGAAAAAAAUAUUUCAUUAGUUUUUUUUUUGUUUUAACCGUGUAUAAGCAAUGAACACUAUACUUUCCUAUGUUAUACUCAUCCACUCAUCGUAGUAUAAUAUAACAUCACGAGUACGUAUAAUAGGUACAACAACUGUGGCAUGCCAUUCACGCGCACUCGAAAUAUUUACACAAUAUUCUAUUCGUUUUUCACGAAUAAUCUUAUGCACUAUACACGCCGAGAUAUCGAAUGCUGUUAAUAAGCAAUGCACUGCUAUACGUACACCAAUUCGAUUUUUAAAGAGGUUUUCUGUGUCCGAGCGGACAAUUACAUUCAGUGGUGGCGCUAGGUUACGCGGGGCCCUGGACAAUGCUUUAGUACAGUGUAACUAAUGAUUGUAUUCCUAUAUAAUAAUAAACCGCAGGGGCCAAUAAAACCAAAACGAGCGCGGGGCCCCGGACAUGUGUCCCAUUUGUCCUCCCGUAGCGCCGGCACUGAUUACAUUGGACACUCGGCAGAGUAAGAUUUUGUUUUCUGUGUGUCCACUAUAGAUAGGGUCAUCUGAUUUUGAAAUCACCAAACGGGACAUGAUAUUUAAUGAACUUAAUCUUACUAUAUUUUCAUUAAUUCUUCUCUUUUCUUCCGAGCAAACGUAAUUCAUAAGUUUACUCUCAGCUUCUACAAACCGGGACAAACCGAAUGACCCGGACUGUCCCGGUCAAUCCGGGGCGAAUAGCAAUUUCAACUAUAGAAAAUAAACGGUACACGAUUGGAUUCGUAGAUUUUGUAACGAACUAUUUGAUCGGUGGGUGGACGGAUAGUUAGGAAAAGUUUGAACGUUAAGUUUUGGGUCUUGAGGAAUAUUUUUGGGGGGUAUACGUCAGUCAGUCUGUCUGGUCGCUUUACAAAUCUACAAUUUUAUGCAGAUAUAUCGAAGAAACUUUGAAACCUCUAUAAAGACUGCUUGAUACUGGAUUUUUGAUACUUUUGGAACGAAAAUUUAAUUUUUUUUUCGUUGUUGUUAUAUGGAUCACCUUGGCAACACGGGUAAAAAAAACAGUUAUUCUUUAAUUUGAUCGCUACAAACACGAAAGUAGAAGUUUUUAAAAGACGAAUAACCGCGGACAAUAACGAUUAACGGGGGAUACACGUUAAAUUGAAUUCCUUUCAUUAAUAUCUGUUUCUGAAAGGUUUGAACCCGAGAAAAUAAAAUAUUAUAAAAUAUUCCACCCAACGUUUGAAAAUAUUUUGUUCAUGACUAUUAAGUAUUAGGGUGCCUUUUUCUCCUUUUUCUCCGGUUCUAGUAUAUAACGUUAUAAUAUACUUAGUACAGAUUAUUAUCAUAAUAUAUAAUGAGAGUGUUAUCGGAGAAAAUUAAAAGUUAUACUACGGAACGAUGGUGUUAAUAUGAUUAUCUAUUAUACGACCGCAGCCGAGGGAAAAAAUUGACUAUUGAAAUAAAAUAUACCCUAAAAAAAAAUAUAUAAUAAUAAUAUAUUCGGCGAAUGAAAACGGAUAAAAUAUUAUACAUUAGACCUCUCGUUUUAUACCUCAUAGGUCGCGUCAUAAUCGAAUUCACGGGGAACAGCAUUUUAUUAUGUUGUGUAUACAUAAUAUAAUAGAAUGUGUUAAUGAAAUGUAUUUUUUUUUUUUAAUGAAUUCGAAUACCGCAGCAAUAUAUAAAUAUCGGUAUAGCCGAGAAGAAUCCAUAAAUAGCAGCAUCUAUAUAGUGAUUGACUUGUCUCUCUUUCUCACGGUUCUUAAAUUCAAUAUAUUAUACAAGUAUUAUAUUAUAUUAGUAAUAUAUAUGUGUAUACGAUAUUUUUGCCGGUGACUUUUUCAAUUUAUUCGUUUUGUAAAAAAAAAAAUGGUAAAUCGAUAUUACAUAAUAUAUUAUAGAAGUCCUUCAUAAUAAAUGUAAGUUUUCAAUGAAAUAUUUUAAAUUUGCCUAAAAACCAAUGCAAUUUACCUAUUUAUCGAUCACUAAAGAAAAAAUGAAAAAAAAAAAAAACAAUUUAAAUAUUAUGUUUUAAAUUCUAUUAUAAAAUAUAUACAGUAUAUUUUAUCUAGAUUGUUUUUUUUUUUUUAAUCUUACAUCUUAGUUAGACAAAUGGAAAAAAGUUACCUGCAUCUUAGCCGUUAACUAUAAAAUAAAUAAUUAAAUCGUCUAAGUACAUCUUUUUUAAUCGCACUAGGUAAAAUAUUUGAUUAAUAUUAAUAUGGUUAAAUGAAUUGAUUAUUGAGUUACAUAUUAAUUACAUAAUCUUUACGCAAAAUCUAAACGUGUAUCAACCAAAUUUAGUGUUAUGUCUUUUAUUAGGUGAACUGACUCCGUUUUAUGCUGUAGUUAAUGAACAAAAUUAUCUUUUUUCUUCUUAAUAAAUGUCCUGUGCGUUUAUCUUUGUCAAGAUAAUUAAAUUGAUAAGUAUUUUUUAUCUUUAUCUAAAAUAUUAUUCCAGCAAUUAUAUCUCUUAUCUUAAUCACGGUAUUUUAAAAUUUAUCUUUAUACGUCAUUAUGUUAUACAGAAUACUGGCAUGUAUAAGUACUGCUCGUACAAUGCCAUCAUUUACAAUUAAUAUAUAAUUUUGAUUGUUUAAUAUUAAACAAGUACAACAAUGUAUGAGUUCAAAAUAAUGAUUUUGUAUUAUACCUACCAUGAGUUCCUAUAUGAAUAUAUUGCUAGAUUGAAAUAUAUACAUAAACAACACGAAUUGCACAGUGGGAUACAAUAUAGAGGGAACCUUGAGUUCUUUUUUUUCGUCUACUUUUUUUUUUUUUUUAACAACUUUUAAUUGUCCUGUGUAUAAUUUGUGGUCUGUAUUUAUAGGUAAUUUAUAUAAUAUAUUAAAAAUCAAGCGAUUGAAAUUUUUCGCAGGACGUUAUCGGUUGGUUUAGGAACUAUCUGCACGAUCCGCGAAAGACUUUGCGUUGUCCAAAGACUAUAUUGUUAUCGCCCAGGAUUUGAUCAUGUUAAAACCAUGGAUUUUACCACAAAAUAAUAACCCGUAAUAAACUUUAUAGAUACUUAUGUAUUGAGUCGUUAAUUUUUAGCACUAUGCUGUAAUAGAAAGUUUUCCGUGUAAUAUUAGGCAAUUCAAAAUAUUAUCUCGAGAAAUUUAAUUUUCAUACAGGUAAGAGUACCAUCAUGGACCAAUAAUAAUAUUGACAUAUGCGACUCGCAUUUUAUUUUUAUUUUUAGGGUUUGGUAUUAAACAAGACAAUGAAUUCCGACUUUCAGUAUCGAAUUUCAUUGUUUUUUUUUAUAAUAUUACAUAAUUUUUAAGACAUUUAAAUCCAAGUACCAUACUUAUUAUAUAAGGCUAUCUAUACCUAAUAAAUAUAAAACUAAAAGUCAGUCUGUAUAUCCAUCAUAUAAAUCUACAGUUUUAUUCAGUUCUUUAUGAAACUUCGUAAAUUUAAUAUUUAAAUCAAGAGGAAGGUCAAUCUCUAUUUUUUGUCUCGAAAUUCGACCUCUAAAAGGAUGACGACACGGGGUUUUUGGUAUUUUUGGAACGAAAAUUGAUUUAUUUUUUUCUGUUGAUUUAUGGGAUAGUUUGGUAACAUGAAAAAUAAAAAAACAGUUAUUUUUAUUUAAUUUGGAAGUCAUAGACACGAAAGCAUCCUUUUCAAAUGAUAAAUUAUCACGGUCGGGUAUAGUAAGUUUUAUUUAUUUUUGCUUUUAAAAGAAUUGAGUCCGGGAAAUACCGUAUAAUUCAGCUAUAUAAUCUUUGGUCCCAGGGAAGAAGGGCUUCAGUAAAUGUUUAGAAUUUUUUUUAAAUCGUUUGGUCUAAAUCACAUCCAAUUCAGCUUUUAUAUUCGGCCAGUACGUAUUUAAUUGUAUAGAUUGAAUUUAGUUGAGUUUAUCAACUAUGUCAUCUUUGGGCUAGCCCGAUAAUUGUAAACAUCUAAAUAUCAAAUACAAGUGUGCGUAUUUUCAAAAAUUUAAUUCGCUCGCCUUUUGAAAACUAUACAUACGAAAUCGACUUCAUCCCUUUUCCCCCGGGAUCGGCCCCGGGGACCACCAAUAUUUGGAGAUAAAGGUACCUACUUGUGUAUGCAAGUCAAUCGACAAACACGCAAGUAAUUGAUAUACAUACAAGCAAUUAAUAUAAUAUAUUUGAUCGACUCUCUGCGGCUUCUCCGGACGACCACCGUCGGUUCGCGAGCGCACUCUCGCACAAAAUGCUCGUCUCGGCCGCGGCCGCUUUCACCGGCCAUAUUGGGCGGCUGCGGCGGUGGCCGCAGCCGUCGUACGGUUUGGUCGCGUACGCACGCGGUAUACAACGCGCAGGCGUGGGCGUGGGAACGACUGCACGAUAAAUCGUGGACGCGCACGCACGCGGAUCGAUGAUCUUGGAAGUCGGUGUAGUCGUAAAAAAAAAAAAAAAUAUAGUAAUAAUAAUAAUAAAUAAAUAAAAAACCACACCGCGGCCCGAGAAGAGAACCGGUUGCCUCUUCUUUUUUUUCUUUUUUUUUACCACCCCCUCUCCAAUCGGCGGCCGCUUUUUUAUACGUAUAUAUAUAAUAAUAUUAUACUCUUCAUAUUAUUAUUAUUAUUAUACACGAGAAAGCGGGGCCCCGUGAUGUGCGCGCGGCAUAUUAGCGCGCGCGAGAGACUGUAUCGUGUAGUUACACGUUAUUAUAUACCUACGGCUGGUAUAUACCAGAUACCGGCUAUUAUAUACCUAUAUAUAUAUAGAUGUAUAAAAAAUGCAUAGAGACCGAUCGUCGUCGUAUAUAUAGCGACUCGCGAGUUUCCCUUCAGGGGGUAUCCUAUAGUAACGGGCAUGGGCGGGUGUGCAUAGAGGUAAAUCGAUACCGCCAUCUUGACGGUCACGAGUCAAACACCUCGCGCAGUCAAAAUAAUAAUAAUAUUCAAUCCACGAUAUUAUUAUAAUACGUACAUAAUAAUAUAUAGGUAUCUAUAAUACGUGUAGAUACGCGUAUACACAUUGUGGUGUGCUGCAGUAAUACACAGUACCUAUACGUAUAUAUAAAUAGGUACGCAUUUACGUGGUGAUGUAGAUCUUGCGUAUAAUACGCGUCAUAAUAUUAUAACAUGUUGGGAAAACUUGUUUUUUUUUUUUAUCCAUAAUAUUAUAUUCGUAUAUAUAUAUAUCGGAAAUCUCCCGGAUAUACGUGUCAAAGAUUCCUCUAUAUCUACUAUAUAUCGUGUAUGUUGGUGCCAUCCAAUUAUAUAGAAAUAUAUUAUACAUAAUACGGAAUCGAUAAUUUGAGCCAAAAUAUAUUAAUUUCGUUUUAAUAUUAUCGUCCGAGAGAAACUUUAAAGAAAUAUAAACAUAAAUUAAAAUACAAUACAGUUAUAAAAAAAACACUAUGAAGACGAGGAACUGCAGUAGACUAAACGCCGUCGUAACGUCUCGUUCGUUUAGGUGCUGUAUACUGAUUGUUGAUACUUUAAAUUGAAAGCGAGAAAUUUAUUGGUUUUACUAUGUUUUUAUUUUUUUUUUUUUUUGUAAGUCUUUAAAUAAAUUUUCCACCAGAAAUAUUGCUCCAAUAAGAAACUUUAUAAACACUUUCUUGUAGCAUUUUUGAUCUAAUUGCAUUCGAAUAAGGUCGUUUUUUGAUUUUCUUCGUAGUUUUAAUAAUACAUGGGAAAAACUAAUAGCAUUUUUUGUAUAAUUGUUGGAUAAUGUUGACAACAAUGAAAAACAUACGAUUAACAAUAGUCUGCUCAGAAUUAUUUUACGUUAACAACGGUUUAUCAUUACGUACAGACAAAAAUUUAAUUACUCUGUAUGUCUUCUAUACGAAAUUUCCUCUUAAAUCAACAGUGGUACACGUAUUAGCAGUAUCGACCUUUUUUUUCAAACCCUCCAUCUCCUAUAUACUGUAUAAUAUUCAUACAACAAAACUGAAGUUUUGUUCAGUAUUAAAUAUGCUAUUUUUCUCUUCCACUACUUUGAUCAUAAGCUGUGCAACAUUCCAAACAAUCCCUUAUCCCACCGCCACAAUUUGUUUAGUAAGCCUCAUCAUUUAAAUGAUUCUUUCGGCCAAUUUUUUUUGGAAGUGUUAAGAAAUAUAAUCUCAAUGUUAACAACAAUAUACUGAUAAAUUCGAAAAAUCUGGGUUUUUUUUUCAUUGCCCAUUGCAAAGUGGCGAUAAUAUAUAAAAGUGCAAACAAAUAGGUUACAUGAUUAUUGUUAAGUGCAUACAUAUAUUAUCUAGCUAUUAUAUAGGGGCGUAUUCUCGAGGUGGUUUACUAAACGAGUUUAAGCCUUUUAGGUACUUAAGGCGGUCAUUUCCACUAUCGAAGAACUUCAUCAAUAUAUUGUAUGUAGAAAUCGGCGAAUUUGAAUUUCGUUCAUGAAGUUUUAACGACAAAAAUUGAAUGGUAAUUGAUUAUGUAAAAUCAUAAUUAUAUAAUAUUGUUUGUUAGAAAAUACAUCGAAAGUAACUCCUACACUGGAGUGAACAGCAAGAUAAAUAGGUUAACAAAUAAAUACAGAUAAAAACUAUGUGGAUAGAACCGCUAAAGAAUGGAACAAUGGUGAUUGAUAUAGAAACCCAAACCUACGAGAAAGCCGAAGAGUUUUAGUACCUUGGUUUGCUACUGAGUAUACAAAAUGAUUGGUCAUAUAAAAUAGGGACAAGGAUAGUAAAAACUGAGAGAGCUUUUUUUACACUACUAUCAUAUAAGUGGUUCAAGUCAAAACUUAUCAAAACAAACGAAAAUAAGACUAUAUACGCGGAAAUAAUAAGGUCUACACUAACAAAUGGUUGUGAAGUACCAACAAUAUUGUUGAAAAAAGACUUUUAAAAACAAAAUUUGAAGACGGAUGUUUAGGUCAAUUAUGGAUCCAAGGAUUAGCCUGAGGCGGAGAAAAUUCAACAGUGAGUUACAAGUAGUUACAGCUAGGAGGAUAUGGCGACAGUCAAUGGUUUGACAUUUUUUAUCGCUAUACACUUUUUUUUUAAAAUUGGAAUUGAGAUUUAAAUAUUAUAUCAUACGUUUCUAAAUUUUAUCAGAUAAAAAAAUUAUUUUUUGAUUACGUCGCUUUACUACUUACUGCUUACUAACUUAGUAUUACUACGUAAAAUAUGACGAUGAUGGUCGGUUGCGACUGUAAUUAUACAUGUAUGUAAUAUUUUAUAAGAAUGCCGAGGUUGGUUUUAUUGUUACGAUCUCGGUUUGAAUUACGAUUGCGAAAAACAACUCUUUGUUAUUAUAUUGGCAAAUAUAAAAUACAUUUUAUGUAGGUCUCUACACAAUAUGGACAAAAAGGGCGUCAAAACGCAUAAACUAAUAAUUCAAAUACAAUUUGGGAAAUAUACCGUUACCUAUAUAUGUAUACCUAUAUUAUGAUUUUAACACAAUCGCCGUACACCCAUAAAUCUUAAAAUAGUAGUCUCCGUAUCUUUUGUCGUUCUCUGUUAGAUAUCGAAAGAAAAAAAAACGUAUAGCUACUGAAAAUGUAUUGUUAUAUUCAAUAUAAUAUUACAGGUACGUCCAUUGAUUUUUAUAUAUAGAGGCACUUGAAAAUAGUUACUUCCGACAAAAUAUUUGUAUUUUUUCGUCUCUUUCCUAUAGGGGAUCAAAGAUAGUUAUUUUAUUUUCUUACAAAAAAUUAGUACAGGUAUCAUGAAUAAUACAUUUUAAACACAUUAUAUUAUACCAUUCGCCGCGCGUAUUCAAUACAGAAACGGUUCGUUUACGUAUAUUAUACAGGGUAAAUCAACUGAAUCGCCUCUCCCCGCGGGUACGUCGAUCGUGAAAUCGAAAUUCGAUCCGUCGCCCCAAGGGGGCCGCCCGGCUUAAGGUUAGCGCAUCAGGAGAGGAGUGAAUCGAAAUGCAAUUUAUGUACCCAUUUAGAUUUAUACUACAAUAAUAAUAUUAUUAUUAUUAUUGUUAUUGUAGUAACAUUAUUAUGUGUAUAUACAAAAUUUAAUAAUAUAAUCGAGAAAAAAGGGCAAAAUAAUAUUUUCGAAACUUGGCGAACCGUAACACAAUCGACGGAAUAUAUACGUAUGCCUUUUUGGUGUGCGCAUCUUUCGUUCCGGUUCCCAGUGAUGCAGUGUGUAUGUAUUAUAUACGUAUUAUCGUAUCGGUUUGACCAUAUAGUCCGCGGGACAAUGAAACGUUACGUUGCCGUCCCACCCGCUGGUCGGCUUGGCUGUUGCCAAAAUGUUGUGACAAUGCGUUUUUAAGAAGGUCAGCUCCGAUUUCCUACGGAACAUUAAUAAAACCGUAUGUGUUCGACGCGACCUUCGGGUACCUUCAUUAUUAUUAUAAAAACGACGCUACGGUUUUUAACUACCUUCGCAGCAAAACAUCACACGAUACGGACUUCUCGUGUUCGUUUUUCCUUCAUCCCUCUCCCAGGCUCUAUCAUGACACCACCAAAUCACGGGGUUAGGUUUGAUAUAGGUAUCUUUAAUAAUAAUGGUACGAAGGUGAAAGUGAUUUUCUGAGAAACUGUACAGAGUGAUUCUUUUAUCACGAACCAGCGUUUAUGCGUCCGCAAAUAUUUCGAGUACAUUUGAAUGAGUGUUUCUUUUCAGACAUGAUAUAGAAUCUUUUAACGAUCUUUCAACAUUUUACCCUUAUUCCUUAUGAUUUUCAAAUAAAUUUUUGGACAGAUUUUCAGAUUAAUAAGUUACCCUUCCUCCUCCCCUGUAGUUGCAUCCUUAUCUAUAUAAAUUAUUGGCAGAACAAUGUAAUUGUAAUCCAGAGUUAAACAUACAAUAUAUUAUGCUCUUUACGUCCAAUUAUUUAUUUAUUUAAUGAUCAAAAAAUGGCAACACGUUGUCCACGAAAUUACAAAUUAUUUUUUUCAAACUGUAAAAUAAUCGAAAAUGCAAUUACCUGUAUUAAGCACAUGUAGGGAUUUUGUACCCUUCCCCCUCUUCAAAAUUUUAAAACCUUAAUUCACAUUAUAUACUAUAGUUUUAUAGUUUUAAAUGUUUAAUAUUUUUACUUAUGAACCUCUCCCCCCAGAAAUUGUUUUCUGUAAAUUGUAUUCUACAAUGGCCAACUUGAUCAGUAACUGUAAGUGAUGGCAAUUUUUGUUAGAUAUUUUACUAAUAGUAACGAUAAACUUAAUAACGGAUAUUUUCAGUAGCACACACUAGAGAGUUCUGUGGUAGCAGCUGCUACCCCAGUAUUUUAGAUUGAUGUUGGUGGUACUAAUUUAGUGUAAUUCUGAGUGAUUCGAUAUAUGGGUGGUAUACCAGCUAGACAUUUAACUUACUAAAUCCAAUUUAAUUUUAAGUAUGUACCACUGGAAUAAUAUAAAUCAGUGUUGUUACGAACGCUUUUUUGAGAAGCAAUUCUCUCGGUUAUUCAAAGAUUUAGGAGUGAGAUUUUUAAUUUUUAAAAAUUAUUAUAAACCGUAAUAUUAUUGAUUAUUAAUAAAUACUAACAAAUAAUAGUAUGUGUUUAUUAGCACUGUUCAAUGUUUAUGGUUUAAUCCGCUCACACGCUGUUUGAAAGAACCUAUUUAUGAUGAAACUAUGAUAAACCAUUUAGGCAGAGAUAGUGAAAUGUUUUUUACAAAUUGUUGAGAAGCUAUUAGUGAAUGGAUUUGGUAAGGUAACGAGGCUUAAGAUCCUUAUUUGCAUCCAUGGUUUAAAAAAAAUAAUCAAGGAAUUAAAGUGGGAGUAAGGUGGGAUGAGUGGGUAGGCAAUCCACCAAAAUAUUUCCGCCUCUCGAAAAUAUUGAAGUUCGCCACACUGACCGGAUAUUUUGUUUUUCUCGUAUUCGCUGUAGGUACUUUUAGGGGACAUAAUAUAAAUCGAUCGGAUCGUAAAUAUACUAUAUUAAUACACUGUAGUAAUAGUAGUAGUAUAAUAAAUUUGAAAUGGACAUUUUCCUUUUCAAAUAAAACUACACGUCUUAUACGGCGGCUAAAAAAAUGAAUAAAACCAUACACACGCACACAGAUUAUGAAUAACGUCGCGGUAAAUCGUCUACCGAUAUAUCAGCGGUACUUGCGUUUACCGCGCAAUAUAAAUAAAUAAAUAAAUGACUUUAAUAAAAAUUUACGACGUACAUUAUAAGUGUAAUAAUGGUUAUGAAUGGUGUAGUCGUUCACGGAGAGGAUUAACGUCCGUGUAUGUUAUUAUGAGCUACUGUGUGGGCUCAAACACACAGUACGCGCGUAUCGUCGUAACGCCGCGACCGUGCGUUCAGAGGCGCCCGCGCCAAAUAUUCCGAAUAAGAUUAAUGACUUGGAAGUCGCGCAUUGAUACCGUCGCCGCAAGUCGAAUAAAUAAUAAUAAAAAAAAAACGAAAAAAAAAAAAAAAAAAGGUAAAAAUGGUACCUAUUUAAAGGUGUAUUAUGUUUAUAAUACAGUAGAAACAAGGGAGGGGGAUAGCAACGGCUAAACAAAACGUUCUUUAAGUAUGUACAAUAAUAUAUAUAGUAUACAAACUAUUGUUCUCUUAUUGGACUGGUUAUUAUGGUAAUGAGAAAGCGAUCGUGGUCGUGGUCGCCUUCCCUCGUGUGUAUGUUUUUUUUCUUUUUACGUUUUUUUUUUUUUUCAAACUAUAUAUUAUUACCUAUGUAGGUUUAAUAUUGUUCUACGUAUAGGCAUUCUCUCGGGCACAGUUCGUUGUUCUUCUCCCCUACACGUAUGUAUAUAUAUAUAUAUAUGUAUACGUAUAUAAAUAUCGACAGCAUCGGACGCGCGCACAUUAGGGAGAUGGCCAUCUAAACAGUAAAUAAAUCAAAGCCGCGGUGAAUGGGGCAUGAGACUGCGGCGGCGGUGGCGGCGGCAGCUACGGCAGCGGACAAACACGCGAGGAGAGCAUAAUAUUAUAGGUAUAUAAUAUAGAGGUGGUUAGGGGGGGAGGGGUAGAGAGGGAGGAGGACCCGGUAAAAAACCCACACAGGUCGACCAUGUAACAACUUGUAAAAAACACACCAGCAGUUCAUUUUGUCAGACUCGGAAUUCUAAUUGUCGUCGUAGUCGUCGUCGUCGUCGGACACACAGACAGCAUAAGUUAAAACGCGCUAUUAAAUACGCAUUCCGCCGCGGUUCUCCGCGACGGCGAUCGGAUCGGAUCGGGGGAGAGUGAGACCAGUUUACCGGGGUUACCUACCUAUACCAUAACCAUACCAUACCAUACUAUACCGUACACGCACACACACGCGAGCGCGCACGCUCGCACGCUGCGGCUACAUGACAUUUAAACAGCCAUAAAACACUUUUUAUUAAUUCCCCAACAGAUCCGUCACGAAAGACCGUUGUUGUUGUUACUUGUUGUCCGUCGUGUACAUGUAUAUAAGAAGUAUUAAGUAGGUAUACGCGUAUGUUGUUGUUUUUUCGGUUUAUUAUUAUUAUUUUUUUUUUUUUUCCAUCUUUUUUCACCUGCAUCACCAUCGUCGCCGUCAUAUUAUACACUAUAUAUACACAUACAUAGAUAUAUGUAUCGAGUACUCGUCCUCUCGUCCGCACGUACCGCCGGGUGUGGUAUGCGUGUGCGCGCUCGCGCGCGCGCGUGUAUGUGUGUGUGAGUAAUGUCAACUGGAUUCUCUAUAUUAGCUGCGCGCGCUCGUGUCAACACUAUCAAUUAUAUAUUUAUAAACAUGCGUACACCAUAUAAACGCCGCCGCCGGGAGUUGUAAAUGCAUAAUAUAAUAUUAUUAUACGGCCGUGUAGUUGUAAUAUUUUUUUUUUUAUAGUCUUUCGGAGACCGCGAGGGUAAUUAAAAAUGCACGGGUAAAACUCUCGCAUUAUAUACGCAGCGGCGGCGGCCGACGUGAGAAUUUCAAUUACGCCGGUCGUGUAACUUUACGUUACCUUUUACGUAUUUCACAUCAUUGGAACGGGAAAGCAAAUAAAUUGAAACAGGUCUUUAAACGCUAUUCCGUUUUAUCGGGUAUUGAUACGUUUGAGAACAUUGAGUAGGUUAAAAGCAAAACUUGCGUAUUUUUCAAAAAAAUAAAACUAAAAAAAGGAUUUCCUGUACAAUGAAGAAAUUCAAAAUACAUUUUGCUUACACAAUUUACAUUGAAAACUCAAAACUGCCAUUAUAAAAACUAAGAUUUCAGUCGUUAUCUAUACAUUUUAUUUUUUUUGACGUUGAAUUUUGGAGUAUGUGAGUUUUGACUCUAAUAAUACUGCGUUAUUACGAAUCAAGUGAUUAUCGACAGGGAUUAAAUAAAGUUCAGUAUCAAAGCUUACAUGAUCCAUAUAUAAGGUUUAGUAUCGAAAAUCACACGAUCCAAUGGAAUUUGAAACGUUCCACACAGUGGCGUACGGAAGAGAGUUGGAGUUACAUCCAGAAGGGCCGUAUAGACGGAGGAUGGAGGUUUGAUGGCCUUUUUUUUUAAUCUUAGCACAAUUUAAAUAUAUUAUUCAAUGUUAAAUCUGAUUGAAAAAAAAUUAUUUUCAAUAUAAAGCAAACGGCUUCGUGAUAUUAUAUUAUUUAUAUAGUUAUUGUGAUUUUGGUUUUGAUUGAAAAAAAAAAAUCAAUCAAAAACGAUAAGAACUGCACAAAUAUUUGAAUGGCGCGAGAGAAUGACGAGAAAUUGUGCAAUAAUUAUGAAAUAGUAAUAUUCAAUAUCAGUAAUAAAUUGUUCCUAUUAAUUCAUUGAAACGUAACUAUUGCCCAAGACUGGAAUUAAACAAAAUAUUAUAAUACGUCGAAAAAUAAUCCAUACUACGUCAUUGUAAUAUUAACUAUUAAGAAUUUUAUUUUUAUUUUAUCGAUUUGGAAAAAAAUGCUCGUAUUAUCUGCACAAUACAGAUUGAUACUAUCAUAUUCGAGAAUUUUCUAUUGUAUUAUUUUUAUGAAAUAUAUAUAUAUCGUUUUUAUUUCUACUGAUAAUUUUAUGUGGAAUAUUUUUUCUCUGGAUAAACGUGUUUUAACUUUACAAGUAUUAUACAGGUGUUAUAUAUAUGUAUAAUAUUAUACAAUAUUGUCCGAAAUUUGAGACGAAAACAGAAGAUAUUUUUAUCCGCGGUGUUACGUAAAACCACAAAUUAAAUAUUAUAAUUUUUUUUUUUUUUCGUAAAUUAUUAGAGUGUUUUUUUGCGGAAUUUAUGUGUAUGUAUAUUGUAUAUAUUAAAUAUUAUUUUCUCACCUACUCAAAUUAUAUACACAUUUCUCGGAUUAAACAAAUUAUACCCGAAUUCAUAUCAAAACAUCACCUUUUGCAUCAGCGAGCUAAAUAGACGUUUGGUGGGUUUUUUUUUUUGGUUCCUCUCUCGCUCCUCGUGUUUGUGUACCUACUACACCUAGUGACGUUAACUUAUUUUUCGUCGGUUUCCAAUUACCUAUAUACACUGCACAUCGGAUCCUAGGCUUAUGUUAAUCCCUACAUCAGAAUUUCAUUAACGGAUUUCAUCGCCACUAUAUUAUGUAGGUAAUAAUAUAACCCAGUUUGACACGUCGUUUCUGAUUUACAUUUUUUUUUUUUAUUAUUUCUUUUAUUAGGUGCUCGUAGUGAUGUGCUCCACAGUGCUAUUUCUUAUUAUAGUCCCUUAUGAUAUAUAGGUACUAAUAAUAGUCGAAAUGAGUAUAGUGAUGAUGCUCGUAAAAGAAAAAAAAACAACCCAUUCCCUCCCUACGUGUGGCGUAAUUCGUGGGCAAACAACAUGCACGUAAACACGUUUAAAACGUGUGCUAUUGUCCGAUCGAAUGUCAUACGUGUUUUUUUUUUCUGUUAAGCGCAUACUAUUACAUAUUAUAAACAAAAAAAAAAUAAAAUAUUGUACGACAACCACCCCCGCCCGAAAAAAAACGCAUUGUUAUUGCAGUGCGCAGUAUUAUUAGGUUGUUUAACAUAUCGUGUGAAAGCGAACGAAAUUUUGAUCCGUCGUGCGGUGUACAAUAUUAUUGUUUAUUUCAAUACGAUGAGUAUUAUAACUCAAAAAAAAAAAAAAGAGUUUACUUUUUAUGUACCAUUUCUUUGAAAUAUCGUCUCCGUGCACGUGCAGCUUGUCGUCGGCUCAUCGUGAUUUCGUGACGAUAACACGGUAUCAUUGGAUUUAACUGCGGACGGCCCGGCGCCGGCGCCAACGGUUCUGUCUGUCGGCUCGGUAUUAUUAUUAUUUAUUUUUUUUCUGCUUCUCACGCGGUGAUUUUCACACCUUUUUAUUCGUCGUCGGCGUGAAAAUCAAUCCAAAGUCACGUACGAGAGAACAAUGCGCGGUCAAAACGAUUCGGCGAGGAGACCGGCCGCCGAUUUAUAUUAUAACAUAUUAGGUAUACACACACAUAUAUAUAUAUAUACCUAACUAAUAAUCGUGUCCGGUGCACCUAAGAUAUUUUAUAAUACCUACUCAUCUGUUCGAAACACGAACGAUAAAGAGGACGUGAUACCCGCACGUGUGCUGUCUCCGUCAUAGAUAACGUAUACGACAGCAAAUUUUUGUUCGGCAUGGACCACUCUGUCCUAUUAGUUUUAAUAUUGGAGUCAAUUAUGCUUUAUCUUGCUUUAUCAUCAUGCUUAAUGGUAAGAGAACAUUGUUUGUGCAACCAUGUAGGUUUUUUGUCGAUAUUUUAAUUUUAAAGCGAGGUACGAGUAUAUGCGAGUUGUCUUAAUUUGUCAACGCUUAAAUUAUCUCGCUUGAAAAUGAAAAUACAUAUACGGUUGCACAGAUAUUGUUCUUAUCUUUAACAGUUUGAUAUUAGUACAAUAUGCUCCAUAGUGUUUAAACCGACAAAAUUGGUCCUGCAGAACGUAAAUUUUAUAUGUCUCGUCGUACGUUUGUAAGACGGAAACAGCGCGUCAUUCGGGUAUCAAAGCCCACUUUCAAACCGAUCUCCGAAAAUAACCAUUUCAGAUCAGGAUACGACAAAACCUAUACGCUUAACAUAUUAUAGUAAAUCCGAAAGUAUGAAUGGUACUGUUUUCUACAAACCAUAUCAUAUGUGUUUGCGGAGGCGAUAUUUGUUAUUAUUGCAGCUCUGCAUCUUGUUAAAAAAAAAAAAAACCGUUUGUUUCUCGGCGCGUGUAAUAUAAAUUAUUGUGCGUCGGGAGGAUUGAAAAAAACACCCAUGAUUAUUUUAUUGUUUACACGAAUGCGCAGUGUGUUAAUUCGUUUUAAAACAUAAUAUAUAUUACCUAUAAUAAUAAUAUUAUAUUAUAUAUAUAUAUAUAUAUACUAUAUAGGUACCACGGUGGUACCGGUUGCAACGUACUUGUGUAUAAUAUGAGCGCGUGUGUGUGAUAACAAUACCAAAGAGGUAAAACGUGCUCAGACUGCAGGCAAUAAAAUAAAAACACGAAGGAAUAGGAGGGCGGAGGAAAAAAAAAAAGGAAAAGAACGAGAGAGUCUGAUGCCGCCGUCGACGACGACGACCCGUACGGGUCAAAAGCUGUCAAAUUGCCCGUGCGCGUACACGAAACCGAUCAUAACAAUUAAUUGCAUUGUUUGGACUGCGCCGUAGUACGUAUAUAUACUUACUCUAAAUACAAUACGUCGCGUUUUAUAUACGUACACAAAUCUAUAAAUUAUGUAUACGUUUAUUUAAUCUCCUUGUAUCUUUCUCCCUCGCUCUGUCUCACUCUUUAUCACUCUCUCUCUCUCUCUUUGAAUUUCUGUUGGACCGCCGCGCCAUGUCGCCGUGUCGGCGUUUGACACCCGAAACUGAGAACCGGAGCGGUCGACCGAAACGGUUUUUUUGAAUCCGGCGGUGUUCUCCGCCGCGUACAAAACGACGUAGUUAUAAUAUGGUGUACACGAUCGUUAAACUGCACUGUCCGUCUAUAUAAUAAUAUAAUAUAUUAUACCUGUGAACAUACUGUUUAACACUCGAUGCACACGAUUAAAAAUAUAUUGUUUUGUUUUAUUUUUUAUUUCUGUUGUGGGUCUAGAUUUCCGCACACGCCGUAGACAAUUAACAGCUAUAUAAUGCCUAUUGUAUGAUCUAUGAUGGUAGGAACGCUCUGCAGUGCCGUGGCGAAGACUAUUAUUUUAAGCCUGUGCCUCGACCACAAUUUGUGGGUGGGUUGUGGACGGUGGGAUGUUGGAUGCGUAACGCUGCUGUAUAACAGAACCGUAUAAAAAAGAACAGCGAGUUUGAAAUGAUAAAACUUGACUAAUAACAAUUUAUUACUGAAAAAACGGGUUAGAAGAAUAGUGGUAUAAUAAGAAGACUAUCGAGCUUUACAACAAUAAAUACGCUCGGAAUCUAAAAUUCUUAUAUGAACCGGGGGCUGUGUGCAAAUAACCAUCCUUGAAAAUGAAAGUUUAAAAACCACAGUGUUCACCAUUUCUAGAAAUCCAUGGUCUAAAAAGCUAAAUGGUUUUAAAAUAGGCUAGACAACGAUACUGCACCGCGAAAAUAAUAACGAGACUUUUCUAAAUGUGAAACACUAAGCCGUCCAAUGAGAAUAAAUUCUGAGGACCGCAUCAUGGCGGUAACGAUUUAAAUUUGUAACCAUUUUUUAUAGCCCAGCUAUAGGUAAAUAUAUUGAAUUACUGUAAUGCAAUAUAUUUUCACCGUAACGAUAUGCACAUUAUUAUUAUUAUUGCAGCAGGUGCAAGUACAAAAUAUGUGUAUUAUUUUACGAUGCAUACAAAUUAAGGUGGUUUAAUUUUCCUAUAUUUUAAUAGUAUAUAUAAGUAUCCCUGGAACCAAUAACAAAAUCAACUAUUGUUCUUAUAUAUAUAUAUAUAUAUGUAUAAUAUCUUAACUGAUUUCCGCUAAAAAAAAAAAAGACCGGUUUAUUAUAUUUCGGUCGUUGUUAAGUUUUUAUCACGUUUAAAAAAUCAAACUUCACCUAGUCCGGAGCACACGCGGCGCGGCGUCCCCGACUUUAUCGAUUCGUUUCAUUAACAAUGCGGGCAACUAUUAUUAUAAGGAGAAGUCGUUCGGCAACUGGUUUGGGUUCAUUGUUCUCCGGGUUAUAGUCAUUGGCAAACGAUUGAUUUGUACAUGCACAAUAUUUAUUCGAUAGUCGAUUAUCAUUAAAAUUGCGGAUACAAAUGAGAAAAUAUCGUUGAUAAUCUAUUUUAUAAUAUUACUAGAUAAUGGAAUAUUUCGUUAGUAUAUAAAAAAAUAUUUUCGUAAAAUAAAAGAUCGGUGUUUAAACAAGUAUGUGUAUAUUUAUAUCUGUGGCUUGACCAAUGAAAAAAAAAAUUUUUUAAAAAUAAACUGAAAAUAAGAAGUUGAAAACAAUGUAUUUAUUUCCAAAAAUUAUAAAAAUCUAACAUUAAAUUAACAACAUUAUUAUAAUACACUUUUUUUUCGACAUUGUACUUCUUGUACCAAAGUGCAGAUACUAAUUUUCUAAUAUAAUUUUAAAAUUUAAAAGUUAUGGUUUUUAAUGCAUUAUAAAAAAUCAUUGAUACACCUAUUUCAUCAUAAUUAUAAUAUUUAACUAUUAAUAAUACGAGGAAAUUGAUUCAAUACAACAUUUUUUUUUUUUCGGUACAUAUAAUCGCUUUAAUUGAUUUCGUCGUUCACGAUUUUUUUUUAUUGACGUAAAACCGGAUUAAAUUCGAAAAAAAAUAUAUUAAGAAUACGCAUCUGUAGUCUGCAUCGUUGGCGACAUUUUUGAAAUGACAAUUCACAUAUUAUUAUCUAUAAUGGAGCGUUAACCGUUUGCGUAUUUAAGUACAUAGUAAUAUAUUUGAUGAUUUUUUUUUUAUAAGUAAUUUUACCUAUUAAUUUCUAUAACAAAAACUAUAAUAUGACAACCAGUUUGGGCACAUUUCAAUACGGAUAUUAUUUAAUUAUUGAUUUUUUUUUUAUUUAAAAAUAUAUCAUGUUAAAAUGAUUAAAAAAAUGGUAUAAAACAAAUUAAGAGGACGCUAUACGUUAUGCAUUUUUUGCCCCUACAGACUUAUAAACGUACGACAUAACAAAUUUGCAUUCAGAAAAACGGAUUUUGCAGGGGAUUUUUUAGAGAAUUUUCAUCAAGUAUCCUCUCAAUCCUCCAAAAGUUCCAUGAGGAGAUGGAUCAAACCAUCAAAACCCAUUAACUCUCUCCAAUUACCCCUUCCCCGUCAGUGAAAAUAUUUCCAAUCAAAUGUAAUAUUUUCUAACAAAAUCUACUAAUUCAAUCAUUUACUAUUUUCUUACUAAUAAAUACACAUUAAACAAAAUCCUACAUUACUGGGUUUCCAAUUGACUUUACAAUAUGUCCAUCAUUUGGACACAGAAAGCUUGGUAAACCGCCUCAAAAAUCUCUCGUAAUUUUGUGAUUUUAGUUUUGAUGUUAGAGUUAUUACAGUAAAUUUACCUAUUAUGAAGCUUAAAAGUAAUACAAUAAUCUGUAUUUCAUUAUUAGUUUUUUCCCAAUAUUCGGGUUUCUAAGUGAGAUGAAUAAAAAUUUUAUUUUUACAUAUUUCACAUUCACCAUAUCUCGCUUAAAAAUGUUAAUAACAAAAAAUAAAAAACCAACGUAAAAACACUGCAGAUAAUGUUCUUCCGUUUAAGUUUGAUCAUAGGUAAAUUCACUCUAAUAUUAAAACGAACAGUCCAAAAUUGGUUUUGCCGAACGAGCAUUCACUAUGUCGUACAUUCGUAAUUUCGUAUAAGACUGAAACAAAUAAUGCAUCAUUAGGACGCCACACCUGCAUCUCGAUCUUACUUACAAGCAAUGGACUUACAGCUAUUAAAAACAAAAAACAAAACUUAAAUGGCCAUAAUUUUUUUGUAUAACAAUUUCUUUUUUAAAAAAAACUACACACAGCUCUCUCUUCUCUUUAAUUUUGUAUUUUGAGUUUAAACUCUAAAUUCAAUCAGAUCACCACAAUUUACUUUCAAGUAAUUAUUAUUACUAUAGUAAUAAUUAUAUUAUUUUGCUAUGAUACCUGUUAGUUCGGCGAAACAGUAAAUGCAUAUAAACCGAUAAUGUUUACAAUAGAACGUGUGUUGACUGUUGAGUAAUAUUAUUAAGUAGUAUUAUUUGUUAAUAUCAAAUUACACUCACCAAUAAUAAUAUUAGCUUACAAAAUGUGACUCAUUUAGAAAAAAUAAAAAUAACUUUAUUACUUAUAAUAUAAUAAUAUAAUGAUUAAUUUAAUGUCGUGACAUUGACAAUUAUAAUAUUAUUAUUGCAUUUUAAACAUUGUAGUAAUAAUAAUAGUAACUACUUAAUAAAAAAAAAACCAAUGAAGAUAAUAUUUUUAAAAUAAUUUAACGUCAUUAUAAUUUCUUCGCGACUAAAUAAAUAGGUACAAUUAAUAAUGUAAACCGCUUGUAUUUAAGCGCCAAAGAUAUAUAUAUAUAUAAUAAAAUAUAAUAUGCAAAUCAUUAGUAACAAAAUUAUUACACAGUGACUUGAACGUCAAUUACAUCACAUAAUAACCAAUAUAUUCAAUUAUGACAUAAGUGUCAAAGAUAAGAAACGAAAUAAUCAUAUUACAAUGUAUACAUAGUACACCCGUCCAAAUCUAAAAUGUCUUCAAUCGGCUCAGAUCGGUUUGGUCUCAUAACAAUAGGGUGAAGUUUUAUCUUUUCCAUUAAUGAGUCCCAAUAAAAUACCUAGCAAAAAACUAUUCAUACAACCUAAGCUCAGAAUUAUCAAGAGCAGUAACCAAGGCUAUUAUAUGGAUGUUCCUGUACUUCGCCUUUUUCGUUAGAAUGUGUAAUGAUAAAGGCUUAUCAUAUAAACUAAAAACUGGUUGCAGGUUUUUUUUUAAUAUAGCUUUUACAAGCUUAAUGAAAUUUCCUUGACAUUCAACUUAUUCAAUAUUCACUCCACGUUGGUGUACGUUAAUAAUUUUUUUUUUUUAAUUUUUAAACAUACUUAAUUUUUUAAUGGUUUUUAUCGUUAAAAAUAAAUAUAAUAUAAUCAACUUGACUUUGAUCUCGUUUUGACGUUUAUUGUUAUGUUUACGAUCCAGACAUUUUCUACAAUUUUAUCGUUUCAUGUAUUGUAAGUUAUAAGAUCAGUCAAAUUUAAAUAUUCUCGGCAAAUCAACAAUAAUUAUUGACUUAAAUAAUUACUUCACUUUGGCUUACUUAACGACCCAUUUCAAAAUGUCUCCUAUCAUUUGUGUCACCUAUAUAAUAUAUUUAAUGUAUGUAUAAAGUAUAAUUUCGUAAAGGUAGUGACCGUGAAAAAAUUCUAGCAUAAUAUUUAUAAUAUAUGUUUGUUUGUUAAAACUAUAAUAAUGUUUUAAAAAUAUUUAUUUUUACGUAGGUAUUCCGUAAUAAAAAUAUUUGUAUUUUGUUCAGUAGGUAACUAUAACCUAUUUUGUUAUUGAAAAAUGUGUAAAAAUCGCACGUUCUUUAAUGUGAGUUAUUAUAAUAAUAAUACCGCACUAUAAUACCACGAAAAUAAAAAUCUGUACUAUCUAAAAAAAAGUACAAAAUUUAUUACAAAUGCAAAUCGCGUUAAAUUUUAAUAGGUAAUCGAUAAAUCAUCAAAAUUAAACGAUUUGUAUACAUGUAUAUAUUUUUUAUUAUCACUUUGGGUGUUUGGAAAACUCGAGACGGUUUUUUUUAUGGACCAUUUAUGACAUGUCUUUGUGCAUAUAUACAUCACCUGCUGUACACAAAGGUGUAUAUGUUAUUGGUACUAUAAAAUAUUGUAUAGGUGUAAUGUAUAUACGUUGUUUUAAAAAAAUACAGUUUGUACGAUUUUUUUUUCUUUUAGACUGUGACCAUAUUAUACUUUGGUACAGUGGCGUAUUUAAGAUGUUCUUCCGGAUAGGGAUUUGCACCUACUUAUUUUUUUUUUUUUUUAUCUUUCAUCAUUCACGUUAGGCCCUACAAUAACAAUUUGGUCUAAAUUUUCAUUCGAAUGACCUAAUUAAUGACGAUGGUGACAUACUAUUAUAAUGAGCAUUAUAUGUUGCACUAUAUCUUGGAUCGGAUGAUAGUAUUACACAAAACUGAAAAAUAAUAUUUGUUAUAUCUUAUACAUACAGUUGAAAGUCUGGCUGUCUAUCUGUCAAAUAUACAGAUUUAUUCUAAUUGUCAUGAACUUGAUGAAACGUUUGCACACUUGGCAUUAAAAAUAAAAGAAAGCCUCUAUCUUAUUUUUAACUAGAAAUUCAACCCAUGAUGGGUGACUCACGUUUCUGAUAUUUUAAUUUAACAAAAUUAAAUUUGUUUGGUUGUUUUUUGGGUUAUCAUGGUGACAAGUAUGAAAUAAACAAAAAAAUGUAUUAUUAUUUAAUUGAAUUGUCAUUACAAAUAAGGAAGUAUCCUUUUAAAAGAUAAAUUACAGGGAAACAACGAUUAACUGUGAUAGGGAUAAAGGUGGGAAAGAGAAACACGUUAAACAGAUACACUUUAAAUUUUAUAUAAUAUAAACAUAUGGUACCACUUUUCAGACGAGCUCUGGAAACACCUGAUAAUUUAGCUAGUUAAUUAAAAAAACGUAAAAUAAAAUAAAAUAUUUUUUAUAGAAAGUUUCUAGGGUGUAAUUUAUCAAUAGAAUCAUCUCUGUAAAUAAGCCAUUGCUGGGUUAUACACAAUUAUUACGCGAUAACCGUCGUGGUGUUAAACGAGUAUUGGACAAAUAAUAUUUUGACUUCAGUGGGUUUGGUGGUUUUUGUGUUAAAUGACUCGCUGUGUCGUCACCGAAUAAUUAUUCAUCCAAUAAAUAAUAUUAAUAAUGUAACACGACCGGUUGAUGAGUGACAGAAAAACAAAUCGUUGCCUGCGAUGACCUUUCCAUUUUACCUUUUCAACACUUGUGCUAUCAAAAUCGGUUUUGUAUAUGGGUAUUAUAGCAGUCAUUUCCGUGAUUCAUGAAUAUGAUUUAGGUAUUAAGUCGAUAAGAGCAGGGGCGGGGGUCUACGAUCAAAAUUCGUGUGUGAGGAAGGAGUGAGUUUGCAGUUUUCAAACAAUUACCGAUUAUAGAUUUAAUCUCGAGUUUUCCAUUACUAUAAUACACAACUACGGUCAAAACGAGUUUAAAACGUACGACAAAGACCUCUUAUUGUUCUCAUGAUGUAACUUCUAAUAGUUUCCAAAACCUAUUUGGUUUUACUAUGAUGUGUGUUUUUUUUUAAAUCCAUGAAAAAGUUGUUGACACCAAAAGUUUUAUUUCAAUCGAAAAUUGUUUUUAAAACCCUAACGGUUUUUUCGUUUGAAUCCAUAGUUGAUGCUAUGAAUAAAAAUGUGCAAACCUACAGCCUGGUUUUUGACAAAAUGCAUUAAUUGCAAUUCAGUAUGAAAUUCAAAUAUUAUCAUGAUAUAAACAUUACAUUACUAUAAUGUGUUCAAUGAUCAUUUAAUAUGUCUAUAGACGUGGUAUAAUUAUUUACAAAAUAUUUCUGUUCUUUAUGAGUUAUUUUUAGCUCAAAAAUUCGGUACAAAGAUUUUUCAUUAUAUGAAGUCGUUCUUACUGUUUAAUAAUAAAAACUUUAGUAUAAUUGAUGUUUUUAGUUUUUUACGCGAUUACUUUUUUCAAACUUGAAAGUUCAAAUCUCAACGAAAUUCCAUAAAAAUCAAGUACUUACCUAAGAAUUACUAUUGUUUUAUAAUUGUACAGCGAGAAAAAAAAAACUGAUAUUGUUGAUGGGUAUACCACUGUUUUAGGAAGCAAGUUGGAUGGGAGGGCGUAUAGAGUAAAUUCAUUUUUAUCUGUACGUUACGAUAAACCAUUGAUUGAAAAACGAUUCUGAACAGAGUACAAUUUUUCCCCUUGUUGCCAUACCAACUCAGAUAUCAACAAAAAUCUUUCGGUUUUUACUAUUUAUUAUAACGAUGUAACUACAAGAAAAAUCGGAAAAAGACUUCUCCGACGUACCAACUAGAUGAAAAACGCUAGCUACCGGAAAAUGCCCGUACGAUUUUUGAUUUGAGCGAAAUUUCUAGAAGAAAAGUGGUUUGCAGACGCGCCAAAAAAAAACACGUUGUAUAAUCGGCAAUACAUUCCUCGUAUAGGUCAGAAUCUAGAAGGGAAUAAAAAACGUUUAACCGAGCGGUUACUAUAUUAUGUAACAAUAGGCGUGUUUUGGCGAUGUAGUUUUGAGCAACCUUGUUAUUAGUUUAGUGAACAAACUGUUUUAGCGACAUAGUUUACGGUAAUAUUGUUUGAUAGCUGAAUGCACUUUUCGGCAACCCAGUUGCCGAAAUAAGCAAACAAAUCGAAAACUACGUUUACUGUUUUCGGUUAGUAAUAAUCUAUUGAUAAGGACUAUCAUUCCAUCUAUUUUCUAUAACAAAAAACACUAUACAGUAAACAAAACAUUUUGGCGAGUAAUCAAUAAGUAGUAAACUGCAGUUUACUGAAAGUAGCAUCGCCAAAACACGCCAAUAAUCGCAUUCAGUGCCGUGCCAGAGGGAAAGGUUAGGUGUUAUAUACCCUACCCCCCCCCCAUUGGCUUAAAAAUACAAUAACAUUUGAGUAAUCUAAUAUCGAAACUUAGAAAUUUCGGCCGAUUUCCAAGAAAAAACUUAAUGUAUUGCUUAGAAAUUGGCUUUUUUUUAGGAUCUUGAUUUUAAAUUAUCAAUUCCCACAGCCGAGUUGGGUAGAGAAGACGAUUUUACUCUUUUUUCACGAUUUAUAUUUGUUAAAUCCCUUCCCGAGGACUUCGGCAGAGGAUACCGGCGGGAGCCAUGGCCCCCUCCCCGCUUUUUUAGUUAAUAUUAAAAAAUAUAAAUUGUUUUAUUACUUGCAUGGUUUAAAUAUUUAAUCCGUUAUUACUUGUAAGUUGUAAAAAAAAGUAUUAUACUUUUGAAUUUGCCCGCCCGCCCCCCCCCCACAUAUUCAUAUUUUUCUGCGGGCGCCCUUGUCCCCUCCCAUUGAAAAAUCCUGGGCACGUCACUGUUCGCAGUGUACAUUAUACGGGGGUGGUCGCGACGGGUUCACGGGGACGGCCAGAAUACUGAUAACGGCCGGCGAUAACGCGCGCGCAGGUUUUCAAUAAUAACAAUAUUAUUGGUGAUAUGUUGUAUAAUAUUAUUAUUAUUAUUAUUAUAGGUAGGUACGCCGCAGCGCUAAUUAAUACGGUAUACGGCGGCGUCUGGUAUGCGGAGUCUUUGACUGCGGCCGGCGGGGGAGUAGGCGCGCUGCGGUCCCGCGCGUACGCGAUCCGGGCGUAUCGACGAAAUCCGAGACGGCGGUCGGAGGCCAACCGGGUCCCGUUCGACACUCUCGCGCCCGGCGCACGUUAUACCCGCACGGCGGUCGCGCGGACGGACACCCGGGAGGCGGCGUACCCCCGCAGCGGUGUGUACCUAUAUAAUAUAAUAUAAUCUCUCUAAUAUAUAAUAUUAUUAUAAUGGUAAUAUUAUUAUAUAUUAUAUUAUUCGAUUAUAAUCCCCUUCGGGAUCGUGUAAACGAUAGGAACGCCCGAAGAACACGGUUGUUUUUUUUUUUUUUUUUUUAAUGUAUAUACACAUUUUUAUUUUCCCCCUCCGCCCCCCCUACCAUCUCGUUCUUCCUCGCGUACAAUAACGAUAUAUUCUUCUUUUCGGGCCCGCGGUACCCGGCGUCCGCGGCGCGCGUAUACUCGAGUUUUUUCGGAAAUUGAUUUUGACGGUACCGCGCGCGCGUCCCGCAUCGCCGCCUCGUUGGGUAUACAUCGGUACCUAUUAUAUUAUACAUUAUAGGUACCGGUGUAUAGUUUACGACCGACACGGCCACAUAUUACAGUGUAUGUGUGUGUGUGUGUGCGUGCGUGCUUGUCCCCCGGACAAUUGAUUCGGUCUCGCGCGUAGUUGUUCUUUUAGUGUUUUUUUUUUUUGCCCGACACUACUUGAAUUUCCCAUCACGGUUUGUUUGUUUGUUUUUUUUUUCCAUACGCUUUUGCAGAUCCUAUAUUAUUAUACACGAUCUCGUAUGACGUAUACGCGUAUACGUAUAUAUACAUAAUAUUCUAAAGGUCCGUUGUAUACAAUAUAUAUAGACGGGUGAAUACGUUUCGUUAGGAAGAAAUAAAAUGUGUCGCGAGUUAGGUAGGAAAAAAAAAAUUAAACAAACGAGUUCUCGCGCGGUGAAAUCGAUAGUGAUUCGGUCGAAUAAAUUCUGGUAGAUACGCGCGUCUACGUAUAAUAUACGCGUAGGAGAAACGACGUUAUUUUUUUUUCUCAGCUCGUAUUUAUCAAUAUUCAAUACGGUAUACGCAUACGUAUACCUUGUACACAUUACAGCCGUACAGGCAACAAGAUUUUUGACAAAUUUUCCCGACGUUCGAAUAAUUAAUUCACUCUCAUUACUAUAAAUUAUACACGAGUGUUGCAGCAUAUUAUACACGAAUCUCGGUACACUUGUAUAAGACGCGGAAAAAAUGCCCGUUUCACUUUCGCGGACAAACUUUUACUUUUCAUCAAUGCUCGUGUACAUAAAGUGUGUUUGUCAAGCGCGGGUUAAUUACCAAUAUUCCAUUUUUUCGUCCGACACAACAAUAAUUAACUAGACCAUUUUUACGGGCAAACGGUCCGACCGAUGUUGCGGAGCGAAAAUAAUUCUGAAUUCAGCGUGGUUCAGCGUACACGAGUCGGCCGGACAGCGUUUGUCAAUUUUCGAAUCGAUUCUUUUGGAAAUCAAAAACUGAAAACUGGAAAACGUGACCAGAACGCAAAUCCGCUUUCUAAAUUCUUAUCGCUUCGCUAUACACCGAUCGGACUGAUUUCCGUAAAAUUUGUCUAAAAUCCUGUGUGACGCACGUGUAUUACGCACAAAGAAAACGGAUACCAUCGGUAUCCAAUCCCCUUGAUAUUCAACUUAUUUAACGUAGUUUUUAACAAGGACUUUAACGAAAUCUACCGCGACCCAUCGUAUAGACACUCGUUUGCCUUCAAACGUCCAACCAUUAGAGUUCUUCUGCAAAAAAAUUGCAUCCUGAUGCCGAUAACCGGAGUUAUAAAAUAUAGAUCCAGAAAGUGAUUUGUAAAAUAUUCCGUAAAGGGCGGCUUGUAAUUGAAAUGAAAUUGCCUACGUACAAAUGGAAUAUUGUAUACGAACACUCGUAUAAACUGAGGGGGUACGAAUAAAAGAAGUCCGAUAUUCGUUUAUAGGCGGGGGAGGCGAGAAAAAACGGCCAGAAACGACCGGUACAAAAAAUUAGCGGUUUUUUCUUAUACACGCGCACAAAAUACUCACGGCCAAUCGGCGCGGCGCACACACACACACAAACACACCGCACCGGGUUUGAUCUCGGCGAGGACAAAGGCAUGUGCUAAAUCAUCGCGGUUUAUUUCACGUCAAAAUAAUAAUAAUUCGACAUAAAAACUCGGCGUAUAAAAAAAGGAAGAAGAAAAAUAACCGCCCCGGCUGCAGUCUGGUAUCACCUGUCCCCGCGGUGCAAGGUGUGUGUGCGUGUAAAGUCAAAAGACCUAUGCAACAAGCACACGCGGUACACACUGCGCGCGGGUAAUGCGCUAUAUAGUCGGCGGCGGCCGGUUCAUUGUGGCCACCGCGUAGAAGCGUCGUGUGCAGCGCGGCGCGGGCGCGCGCGGCCGACGCGUUCAGAAUGCCUAUUAUGUCAAAUUGCUUGUCAAAAUAAACCGCGGCGCCUGAUGCCGCCGACCCCACAAAAGGACACCAACACCGCCCCCUACCGACACCGCGUCCCGUCGUCGUCGCGCUCGGCAGCCGUUCUUCUUUUGGGGCACCUCCGUCCCGUAUUGUAAUGUAUACAGCGUCCUCCCGUCUUCGUCUCCCGCUGCACCGAUACAUAAUAAUACAUAAUAUAUAUACAUACAUGAAUAAAAGAUCGUAAUCUCAUAAUAAUAUUAUGUAUGUAUGUAUAUAAUAUUAUGCGACCCGUCCCGCACCGGUGUACAGCUCACCCCGCGGUGCAGUGCGCGUUCUUUAUAUUAUUAUUGUUAUUAUUAUUAUCAUUAUUGUUGUUGUUAUUAUUCUUAUUUAAGACAAUGCUUUUUCGGAAUGCAGGCCACGAUUACAAAAUGGCCGCUGCCGACCCGGGCGCAAUUGGGUUAUUAAGCGGGGGCGGGGUACGGACAGAGGGAAAGAGGGAAAUACCGCGUCGCACCGUAACACGUUCAUCAAGAAGUCGACUGCGGCGGCGGCGAAUUCGAUUUUUCCCCACCAUCGCCGGGAUUUCGUCAUAGUCUCUCUUUUUCAUUCUGGUGAUUUCCCAUACAUAUGUGUUAUAAUAUUAUUAUUAUAUAUAUGUAAUACACCUAUAAUAUUAUAAUAAUAAUAUGUGAGUAAUACGGUCGUGUUAUAUAUAUUAUAUUCUACUAUAACGCGGCACUACGUAUUAUUAUUAUUAUUAUUAUACAUAGUACACAAUAUUAUUUUAUAUUACAUAUAUACGCGCCCAACGCGGUGACGACGGCGGCGGCGGCGGCCAAGACAUUCUUGGUUUUCUAUCUGUGCGCUGCUUUUGACCUCGCCGACGCCGACGGCCGCCGCCGCCGUACGUACCAACGCGCCGCGUACCUAUGUACACGUUUCGCCCGCGGUGAACACCGGGCCCCGCCCAACGGUGCCACCUCGGCACCACCGUGCGCCGCCGCCGACUGUCUCAUCAUCUUUUGUUUUCCACGCCGUUGUCGUCGUCUACCGUGUCGUUUCGCCGCUUCUUCACUGUCACCUCUCGCCGUGCGCCUUGCCGACGACGCUGCCGCGCCGCAUCACGAAGACGCGAUAUUUCAAUGAUACGCCCGUGACGAACCACCGCCGCCGACGCGAAAACGCGUAUUCUACUGAAUUUUCGGCGUUCUCUUAGCGCGCUAGUUCGCUACCAAUCGUCCUGUUGCCAUAAUAAACCGGCAUGAAUGGUAUACUAUUAUUAAAAUACCGUAUACGUUGUAGCAGCGACGAGGAUAGAGUGAUAUGAAUAUUUGUUAAAAAUAAAAAAUAAUAAUAACUAUAUAAUACAGUAUAGUAUACGAUCUCUCUCUCUCUAUAUAUAGUUUCAAUCCGCAGAUUGGUUUGCAGCCAUCUUCCAUUCUUCUCUAUUAUCCGCUUUCCUUUUAAUUUCUACGUAUGAGUUGCAUCCUUGGUCUUUAAUUAUUUGUUGAAUAUACUCCAGUUUUGGUCUUCCCCUAUGGUUCUUACCGUCUAUGCAUCCUUCUAUGAUCAAUUUUAGUAGUCCCUCGUGUCGCAUUAUAUGGCCUAUCCAUUCGUUUCGUCUUUUAACUAUAUUUUUCCAUAUUAAUUUUUCUUCUGAUAUCGAUAGCGUUUCAUUAUUAUUUUCCGUCCAACGAGAUGAACGAACAAAUAUUGUUAAAGUGGCGUGUCGCACACUCGAAACCUUGGACGGGUAGGACAAAUUUGUCCUACCGGGAAAUUUUUAAAUGAUUUUUAAUUUUUUUUUUUUUUUGCUUAUCGGCCAAAUACGUUGACAAACAUACUUAACAUUCCGUUCAGUCGUGUCCAUCACUACCAAGAACGAUCCAAGGAUCCAUUAGGGGGCCCAUCGGUAAAUUCCUGUCUCCCCAGUAGGCCUAUCCGCCCAUGCUUGAAAUUUUGCGUUAUUUUUUAUUUUAAAAAAAAAUUCCGUUCUAAAACUCUUUGGAAAUUGAUGUAUCGCCCACAUUACCUCUUUAAGCAAUGAGUAAACGUCACGCAAAAAAUAUUAUACACGUUCGCGUAUCAUAUGAACGUAUUAUAAAUUGUAACGCUUGGGGUCUAUAAGAAUGUCUUUGUUUCCUUUUUUACUAAGAACUUUGCUUUAGUCAAUUUUUGGCUUGUUUUACAAUUAUGUCUUAUGCAAUUUGUUCCCAUACAUUUUUUGGUUUAAAUAGCUUAAAAAAAAGUAUUUUCAACAUUUAAUUUAUUUGUAUUGAAAAUUAUUCAGAAUUGACUUAAGCUCUUUUUCUUUGGGAUCAAAAAUUAAUCCGCUAAGCACUGGGAUUUAUCUAUGAAUUUAUUAUGUUCAUAUUAUAACUGCGUGUGCAAAUUGCGUUUACCACUUACCAGGUAGUAAAGUGUUUUCGUAUUAAACGAUCUAAACUAAAAACUGAGCGUCAUUUUACACGAGUACAUAAAUAAAAUUUAACAAGUGCCUAUAAUAAAAUAAAUAAACGAAUAAAAAUAAAUAGAAAACACUUAAAUAAAGUACACAAGUAUAGUUAAUAGUAAUUUUAUCAGUUGGCAGUCUUGUUUGGUAACGUUUAAACUCGUGAUUAUGAAAGUAUAUGUUAUGUAAAUAUCACCAUCCAGAAUUCGGGCAGCUUGGGCAGUUUAAAAGGUGAUAGGCACGGUCUGUAUAGUCCACACUCACAUUUUGCUGAAACGUUAAGUGUAAGUCCCCGUUUUACCUGCAGGUUAUUUUGCCCCUCCCUCCACCCCCGAAAACCCACAUCUGUCCGAUUAUUGUUCCUUCAAACCGGCCACCCUAUAUAAGUCACCCAAAGUGGUAGUGAUUCGAUUGGCUUCAUUCACUCCCUACAAAUGACGCCCUAUUUGUAGACAGAGAGUUUCCGUUUUUCUCGGUAUUCUUUUCCGUGUGUACGCACGCUCCGGAAAGCACUUCUCGAUUUCAGCCUAGCUGCCCCGUCACUGGAAAAGAUCCGUCGAGAAGUUAUAACGUGACCGACCGCGGGAGAAACGAAAAAAUCUGAUUCCGAUAAUAUCAUAAUCCUUUAUUCGUGUAAUAUUAUACGAUGUGUGCAAGUAUAUAACAUAUGAUAAUAAUUCGUUAUCGGACACAUUGAUCGUAACAAAAAAAAAAAAAAAAGCUACACGAUUUCAAUAAACGUAUACGAACAAAAAAAAACGCGUUAUUGUUGUUAAAUACUGAAAAAAAAAAAUGUGUACAUAUAUAUAUAAAAAUCGACUUAUUCAUGAUUAUUCGUGUAUUAUCGUAAUACGUUAUACGCGUAUUACAAAUUUGGACCGGGCGUAUAAUAUAAUAUACGCCGCGCAUAAAUUGUGUCUAUGUAAGUAUAUUUCGGCGUAUGUAUGUAGGAGGUAAAAAAAAAAAAAAAAAAAAAAAAUUUCAAAAACAAAACCAUCUAUAAAUAAUAAUUAAUAACGUGAACAAACAAUGUGAAUUCUCGGUAUAACGCGUUGCACACGCUGCGCGCGAGCCGAACGAGUGCAAUUUUUCACGCGCGGCCUCCGUCGGCCGCCGAUGCCGCCGGCGGGCCAAUUUGUCGUUUCGGUUUCGUACGUAAACCUUCGAAAAUAACGCGUUUCCUAGAAGAUCCUAUGCGAUGUUACAACGGACGCGCGUGCGCGCGCGUACGUAUCGCGGGUACGGCGUAUUAUACGUAACAGUAUUACAAGUUAUACGCAUAUACAGCGACAUGGGCGCGCGCGGCCGAAACAGGCAUAACCAGAAUGCCGGAGCCGUCCAAUAACUCGCCGCGCUCAUAUUAUUAUUAUUAUUAUGAUUAUUAUUAAUUCCGUUUAACGGCGCGCGGUGGUCGCCGGAAAGUAUACCUGUAUAACAACAUCGUAGCGGCGGACGGCCGUUAUUACAUAGAGAGCAGGACGAGAAGGGAACGCCGAAAACGAGGGGAGAAAAAAUAAUAAUGAAAAAAUACGUACGAACUACCAGCCGCGGCGAUUGUUGUUGUAGGCCGUGUAUAGUGGCAGUGAAAACGGUGGGUAUACAUCAUCGCCGCGCCGUUUUUCCGGCACAGUAUCGCGCGGCUACGUUUCGUAACGCGGACGCGUUUUGUUUUUUUUUAUGUUAUUAUUUUUAGGGAUAAGUAGUUGGGGCGAAUCCGUCUUCGAAAAUACAAUAGGCACACUGGCUAAUGCACGCGCUACACACGCGAAUAAUAUUUUGAAAACACACACAUAGGGACACGCUCAGUUUAUCUGUCGGUGUAACUGAAUCCUCGCCAGAUGAAAAAAAUUGAACGAUUCACCGAAUUGAACGAGUGCAGUCAUGACUCGGUUUUUAUCUGUCGGUUUCGUGCGGGUAACCGGAUAGGACAGAGGUCUCGAAGCUCAGGCCGAAUAACUAACGUUUUGCCGGAUAGAACUGCACAGUUACCGCGCAGUUAAUCGUUCAGUCUUGACGUCACAUGGUUAAACUGACAGAUAAACUGAACGCCCCUAAUCAUAUAUUUUGUGAUAAACUGAUAACGAACUGAUAACAGUGCGUCGUUUCCUAUUUCUGAUAGUGUAUAAUUUUUAAAAUAUCCGCCUCGGCAACGCACUUACAAUAGGCCCGUGAGUCGUCAUUUUUCCCCUAUUUAUAUAUUAUUAUAGUUAUAAUAUGUAAUUAAAUACGGGUACACCUACAUUUCUAAUAACGAAUAGUUUUGAAAAAAUAAUAUUUUUAAACUUAUACGAUUUGUUCGAAAUAAUUAUUUAGUAAUAGCGAUUUUAGUAAAGAAAUCUUUAUGCGUCCGAAUUCAAUCGAAAAUCCUGCAGACUUAUAAACGGAAAACCAAUUCGGAUUUACAAUAUAAAUUAUUUUCCAUAACAUAUUCUAGAACUUCGGCGCGGAAGUAUCUAUUAUUCGAGGUCUCGCAGGGUAUAUUAUUCGUGCAAGGCGAAAGGGUGGAGGGUAAUAUAUUUAGCGCAAAAGAGUUACAUAAGGGUUCCCCGACAACAAUAUCAAACGACAUUUAGGUUAUACUCACAUAAUAACUGUCCGCUGUAAUAAUGACGUAUUUUUUUUUUUGUUUCAGAGGUGUAAAGAGAAACUUAACACGCUGGCCAUCAGCGUGAUGAACUUGUGGCCGCACGUCCGGCUCCGGGUGAUCGACGGAUGGGUGGACCGGGCCGGCAGCAGCCUGCACAACGAGGGCCGGGCCGUGGAUAUCACCACAUCGGACAGGGACAAGUCCAAGUACGGCAUGUUGGCCCGACUGGCUGUCGAAGCCGGAUUCGAUUGGGUCAACUACAAUCGCCGGUACAUUCACUGUUCUUGUAAAUCAGGUGAGUCACCGACUUGGAUUUAUUUCAGUUAAUAAUCUACAUUAUAUAUAAAAGAUAUCCGCGGAAAAAUUGUCCAAAAUCGAAAACUAAAAUAUUUAAAAAAAAUUAAUUGACAACAAACUGAAAAUGUCGAUAGUGCUCGCGGGCAUGCCCUCACUAUUGUAAGUGGGUAAUAAGUAAAGUGGGAUAAUUCAGUUAAUAUUAUAGAAGUAUACCCCGAAUUUUUUUCCUUUUUUUUUUUUGACGUUCUUAUACCGCGGACAUUUUUUUCAUUGGGUAGUAUACCAAAAUUAUCACCCCUCCGAUGACUUUAUGAUAAAAUCAAUAGUAUUAUGAUAAUAAUAUAUUACGAGUAAACAGAAGCAAAUAGCUAAAUAUAGGUGUACGUUAUUUGUUAGAGGAAUCAAAAAAAAGGCAACAGAGUUAAAUAUGAGGGGUGUUACCCUCCCUAAAGACAAAUUAUCGUUAUUUUCUCGCGACUCUCGCAGAUUUUGACGUUAUUAUUAUAAUUGUUUUUUUUUUUUUUUUACAAUAAGUACACAUUUUCGAAAAAAAUUCAUAUUUUUCAUUCAAAAUCGAAAACGCUAUAAUUAUGCUGAAUAUAAUGUUGUCUCAGUUAAUUUUCACAUCGUAUGUACGCUUAAUUUGUACAAUUAAAAAAAAUAAAAAAUGUCAACGGGGGCCGUAGUUGUUUGGGAGUGAUAUCAAACCCUCAAUCCCUUCCCGCGUAUGCGCCCCUAAAGCGCGCCUGUGGUUUAACGCCGACGUAUAUACAGUGGACGCCGCUUAAAAUACUCACUGCGGAUAUAUAAACGGUUCAGUCGCUUAUUAGACUCAAAAUCAUUUAGAACGGUCCUGACAUAGCCAAAUACAUUCUAUCAUUUCUCCACUUCGCCUAUAAUGUUCAUUCGAUUAUAAGACUCACUUUGUACUGGUCCCAAAGUGAGUCUUAUGAGCGGCGUCUACUGUAUAAUAAUAUUGCAGUACAUCAUAGCCGUUAUUGGCACCCGGCAGUUCGUUUACCCGAAUUUCGUAUAAUAUACCUGGUAAUAAUACUCAUGAACGACCGUGUGAGAAAACCAAACGUCGUCGUGUCGUAAACGCGGAACACCGCGCGUACCUAUUAUACGUAUGUACGCGUAAUAUACUAUACAUAUACAUAAUAUGAUAUCGGUAUGCGUAGGUACAAGUACUCGUGUGUGAGUGUGUGCGUGUGUGUGCAGUCGUCUGUGUGACCGUGUGAACGAAGAAGCACAACAACAAAGUAUAUACAAUAUAAAAUCCGUACAAACAAAACGAAAAAAAAAAAAAAAUAAUAAAAUAAAAACCGACCGGCCGCUCUAUACACGGUCUGGACGUCGUCGUCGUCGUCGUCGUUGUCGUCAUCGCAAAGGGCUUUCCGCUGAUGUAAAAUCGUCUCGCCGCCGCGUUCGGACGACGAGUCAAAAGGAGCAGCGGCGGCGGCGGCGGUUGGCGGCGGCUGAGAUGUAGAAAAAAAAAAAAAAAAAAAAAAAAUGUUUGCUCCGAGCAAACAGUAAAUAAAACAUUUGUGAGCGGCGGCGGCGGCGUCGGGCGACGAGUGCCGUGCCGUACGUACAGUGCGUGUUAAAAUAUUCGGAAAUUAUUAUUGUUUCCGACGACCGUCCGGGUUAAAAUACUUAUAUACACACAUACACACAUAAUAAUAAUAAUAAUAAUAAUACUCGUGUACUCGGUGUUGAUGCGGUGCGCGUGUAUGCGUGGCUGUGUGUGUAUACACUCAUCGUUCGGUCAACAAGUGCUCUCUCUCUCUUGCUCUCUUCAUCUAUCGUCGUCGUUCGGUACGCCCUGGCGGCGGCGGUCCUGUUAUUUCCCGUCGUCGUCGAUCUCCUCCGUCAUCCGCGCGCGACCUACAGUCAAAAGGGCCGCGUAUCGUUUUCACGCCGCGCGCCGGCGCGGACGGGCCUCAUUAAUUAUCGUUCACCGCCGCCCAGAAACGGAAAAAACAAAAACAAAACCGCCAUCCGCAUACACACACGAGGGCGUCGGCUAUCCAUCAUCACGCACACGUUGAGGCGGCGAGGAGGACGUCCGGUUCGCACGAUUUCCUCGUAUUACUCCGUAUACGCCGCAUGAGUAUAAUAAUAAUCGUCGGACAACAUCGUUUUCCGACAUCAGAAAUAAUAAUUCGGAAAAAAAAAAAAACCAACACGUUCGUAAUGUUAUACGCGCGGGGUGAAUAUCUCGUACAUAAUUGUAUCCGCGGACCUAUAAUGCGUUGUUAUCGGCAAUAAUGGUGGCUAAAACAAAUGUAACCGCGGCAAAAAAUGUCUAGGUAAAAAUACUAUCAUCGUACGCCAAAACGGCCAGACAAAAAUGUGGCCAAUGAAAAAACUACGGUAGGAUAGAAAAAAAAAUUGCAAGAGAUAAUAUGGCUAAAUACGAACAUUUUAAUUUAAAUAUAUAUUUUUCUCUAGCAAUUUUUGUAUACAGGCAUUUUUUGCCGAGGCCGUUUUUUAUUUGGACGUUAUCUAGAUUCGUUUUAUAAAUGGCCCUGGGUUGCCCGAGUGCGUCCAGAAAUGAUCCUUUUGCAAUGUCCCGGGUGCGUCCGGAAAAUAGGAUCGCCCGAGUGCUUCCCAGUUCAUCGAGGGCAGGUUGACGCCCCAAAAAUGUUUUUUUUAUUUGUAUACAUCAACUUAACUUACGCUCAUUAAGUUAGAGUGAAUGUACUAACUUUAUGUUAUAAAAUAUCUUUUUUAUAAUUUAGUAAUUUUUAAAUAUUAACAAUAUUGUCUAUAAACUAAAGACUAGUGUUUAAAUGCCAUUCUUUAGACAAAAUCCAAUCUAGACAAUUCAUUAGUUCGAUAUUUUUUUCGAUGAAUGCAGUAUUUUAGUACAUUUCCUUUAUGUUUUCUUAUUGUUUCUGUGUGUAUUUGAAUUUUUUUUUUAUGUAUAAAAUAAAUAAACUUUUAAUAGAAUUGCGAACACCCUCGGGUUAUGAAAAAGGUAAAAAUGUUAAACGGGACGUACUCGGGAUAUUCCCGUAUAGCCUCAAUGAAUACGAUUUCGAAUAAAUUUGUAUUUCGAUUUUUUUUUUCGGUUUCGUUUAAUAUUUUUAGCCUUAAAACAAAAAAACGGUACCAAUGGCGAGCAUAGGAGAGAGUGUGUUAGGAGUUUUACCCCCUACUGACUUGAAAAUACAACAACUACAUGAGUGUUUAUUUAGUAGUUUUUUUUACCCAAAUUACAAGCAAACAGCUUGAUUAAUUGAACACGAAUUGGCUUUUUCGGAUCCGGCUUUUAAAUUAUCAUUUAUAAAAUUUAUUUACGAAUUAUGAUUAUUAUUAACUACAACCUCUUGGGCUGAAAAUUCCUGAAUAGGCCACUGAAAGCACAUACCUAAGAUUCCCCAGCGGGAAGUCGAGAUGAUAAAAUAUAAAGGGAGAUUUAUAGACCUCAAUUAACACACUGGAUGAUGUAUUUAAUAAAUUCGUAUACAGACAAAAACCGAUUCUGAAUAUAAUAUAUGUGUUUUGGACGUGAAACCGUCAAAUUCGUCUAUUUAGACUUUUUUUCAUGAUCAUUAUUUACAAGAUUAAGGACCACGGGUACGUUGAAAACAGUGCGAAAAACCUUCUGCGGAGAAACGAUACGGUCCUGUCGGGCCGAAAUCCUAUACCGAAUGUCGUCGGGUCCGAGUUAUAAUAUAGGAUUAUUAAGCGAAAAUUGAAUUUUUGCAGAAAAAAAACUCCGUGUUAUACUAUAGCAUUAGAUGAUUAAUAUCAAACACCCACGAAAUCGGUUUUUUUUUCAACUCCGCAGUGAAUGAAAAUUCGAUUACGCUGGCAGUUUUUUUUUACAUUUUUUUUUUAUAUAUAUAUAUAUAAUACUGUUGUAGUCCUUAUUUACGCAUUAUAUAAGAGUAUAAUUAUUAUUAUUAUUGCGGCAGUGCACAAUGUACGUACAAUAAAUCAUUACAGAUUUUGAUUUAUUAUUAUUUAUUGGCACAACGACGUUCGCGCGGCGUUUAAAAACCGUAUAACAUAAUAUAAUAUUAUCGCGUUACACUCUCGAUUAUAUGGACCGAUCCGUCAGUCUAUAUAAUACGUAAUAACGAUGUCUGAUAAUUAUUCCGAUUGAGUAUAGUACACGCGUUUACGACACGCGAAUCAAGUAUAUACGAGUAUAUAUAUAUAAAAAAAAAAAAAAACAAAAAAGUUUAAAGCAAUAAAAAACAAUUAUUAGCUUAAUUCCCAAACGUGAUCUAAAAAUCUGAACGCGUAUACGUACAUAAUAUUAUACCUAUAUAGUAUACUUUAUUAUAUGCUUUUUUUUUUUUAUAAUUACAUUGUCGGUUAUCGGCGCGGUAUCGCGAAUCCGCGUUAAACGCCGUUUACCCCUUCGUUUUAAUACGAAAAUAAAAUUGUUUGUAAUUAAACGGGGUGGGUGGGGGGAGGGAAGAAAAAAAUUGCCGAUAAUUAUAAUAAACUUCAUCGUCGUCGUGAUUUCGCAAACCCAAUUAAAUAUAUUAUUAUAACACGCGUAAGAAAACGGCUCUAUAAUAUUUAAAACUUCGUUGCCUAUUAUUAUACUGCGUCAUUCGCCCAUAAUAUAUUAUAACGGAUCGCUAUAAUUUAUAACCGAAUCGCGUUUAAUCGCACGCGAUAAAUUUGUGCGUUAAGUGGCCGGUUGCAGUGUCGUUUGCAAUCUCUUCAACCGUUCGGUAAUAUGAUUAAAGAACGAGUUUGCGAAAAAAACCAAUGCGAAACCUUUUAAAAUCGGUUUUAGAAGUUUAAAAAAAAAACUUGCACAAUAAUUAUUUAUAGAUGACAACAAACGUGUUGGCGGCGUUUCGUAACAAUCCUCUAAAUAUUCGACUCAUUAUUGAACGUAUACACAAAAAUAUUGUUACAUCUUUUUAUUUUUUUUUUCAAGAACUGUAACUUGUUCAACAAUUACAUUUUAUAAAACGCCGGCGUGGUUGUUAUCUAAUUGUUGUUAUCUAUACACAUUAUACUAUAAUUUAUUUUUUAAAGGUCUUCGCGUUUGUUUUACGCGAACUCAUUUUUUGGCACGUAAAACAAAGACGGAAAAUUCUGCUGUAUCGGUCUAAGCGAUACAUGUGUAAGCGCUUAUAGAUUACACGUGUAGAAAAAAACUGAAGGUUGACGACACCAUAUUGACGAUUUUCGAAACGCAGACUUAGACUGCAAACUGUAACCAAAUAGACUCAUGUGGAAUAUACGAAAUUUUCUAAAAAUCCAAAAAGGUAUAGUGAAAUGGGGAAGUUAAUAAAAUGCGAGUACUGUAGACCAGUAAACUAAAUAUUAAAAAAAAGCCAAUUAUAAGGAAGACCGCGGCAACGUUGGACGGACCGAGUAUGGCGAUAAAGAAUAUAACGAUAAGGGGCGAGAUUGAGAACGCAGAAGAUCGGGAACGACGGUGAUCUUAUACAUGGCGGAAGCUGCAAAUGGCCUGUGAAGCAAAAAAUAUAAUAAACCAGAAAACUGCAGCGUGUGCCGUCGUAUAAUAUACAAUAACAUAAGCCUGUGUUUCGGAGAAUUCGAUGAUUUGCGCGCCGAUAUUUUUCAAAUUGUAUUUCUUUCGAUUGAAUAAUAAUAAUAUUUCUGUUUCUUAUCAGUUUUGUUUAUAUACAAAAACGAUCGACAUAUAAAUAUAUAGGUAUAGCAUAUUUAACAUGAUAAGUAUAUUACAUUGCCGAGUAAUCGAUUUGAGAAAUUUGUUUGAUAUUUAUUUUUAUUUUUUGCCCUUUGUGUGAACCGUGUGCAAUAUACAGUGAGUUUUUCAAGCGGUUCGUUUCGUGUAUAACCAGUGAAAUAUAAAUAUAGAAUCCUAUACAAAUAUUAUUAUAAAAAAAUUGUGUCAUAAUAAUAUGAUAAUGGUUGGAUAAUUAUUAUUGCCUUAUACCGUGCGGUUAUUAUUGUAGAGUUAUUUAAUUUAUAUCUGUAUACAACGAUAAAUCAUUUCUAACGAAAUAUGAUUCUAAGAAGAGUUCGGUUAAACUUAUUUUGAAACGCUGUGCCAGGAUUUUCACAAUUUGAAAUUUGAACUUUUAAUACGUAUAUAAUAAAAAACUAUUUUAUUAAACUUUUUUCUUUUUUUUCACCACUUAAUAUAACUUAUGAAUCUCGUGUUAGAUUGUCAUGGUGCAAUAUUUCUGACAAGCCAAAGCAAUAUAAUUAUCAAUAAAAACUCAAUAAAUUAAAAAUGUCAAAUGCCUAUAAACAGCUCAAAAAUCAAAUUACAAAAAUAUCGAUACAGUUAUUUCCAUAAACUUUCCCGAUUAUCUCGAUGAUUAAGAAAAAUCAAAAAACAACUUUUUUAAUUCACCAACCAAAGACAAAAUUAAUUUUCAGAAAAAAUGCUACACUUGAAAAUUGAAGCAAGAUUUUUGGUAGAAAAGUUGUUUACAGACACAAAAUUAAAAAAAAAAAACAUCAUAGUAAAACCAAUAUAUUCCUCAUUGUGCUCAGAGUCUAAAAUAUAUAUGGUAGGUAGGUAAUGUAAAUAUUACAGUUAAAAUGUUUAAAACUAUGCUAUUGUUUAUAAUAUAUUAAUAUCUAAUUUUUUUUUCAUCCCAACAACAAUGACACUAUAAUAUUAGUUUAAUCGCCCUUGAUUAUAUUAUAGCAUAUCUACUACCUAUAUUAUAACGAAAACGAACAACAAAUAUCAUAAAUUAAAAUUAUGAAAACCGAUCGCCGAAAGGAUAGUUGUACUUACCACCGAAUUAUUAUAGUAGAUAGACAUGCGUCUUUACCUACGUGUUAUUAAUGCGUGUUAAACAAUAUAAGACCUACGACAUGUCCUAUAGAAAUAGUAUUCUUAACAGUUGACACAUCUCUAUGUAUCAUUAUCUGUUACAUAUCUAACCACAAUAUUAUACUUGGGACUCGGGCACACGCCAAGAAUCGGAUUUAAAACAUCACGACAAAUCUAUUAACAUAAUAUCAUUAUAUUUCAUGGACUUACCACGUAGUUUUACAACGAUAGCGUGGGUAAUAACAGACACAAUCAUAUGGAUAUACUGCUGUAUUAUUCGGACGAACAAAUAGCUCUAGAUGUCUAAUAACUAGAUAAUAGAUAUUGUAUUGUAUUAUUGAACAUAUUUUCUGUUCAACAAAUUGUACAAAAUUAAUGACCCCAUCGUGUACAAAUAAUAUCAUCUACGAUUCCCUUAUAAAAAGUUUUCCCCGUCAUAUCAUUAUAUCAUAACCGGCUAUAACUCUAUUUGCUUUAGGUUUUUGUAAAAAUCACAGCAUUUUAAAACAUAUAUAAUCCACAAAUUCGCUCAGAAUCGUAUUUCGUUAGCAAUGGUUUAUCGUUACGUGCAAUUAUAAAUUGUUGUUAUUUGAAAAAGGAAGACUUUUGUAGGUUUCAUUAAACUAGAAAAUUUAUAAAGCAUCUAAAACAUUCCAAUUUUUGUUAUUUUUCAACCUUUAUGCUGACCCUAUACAUAGACACAUAGUGCAUACAGAUUUAAUCAAAAAUUAAAGUUUAAUGUAACCUGUGUACAAUUUUGAUCUUUCAAAUAAAAAACAAAUAUUGAAACAGGAUCGUUUUACGAGGCGUGAAAAUUUUUCCCACGAAGUCAUUUUCGUCCGUAAAAACGGCAGUACUCUAAAUGGAUAUCUAGCGGUAAAUUAGGGGAAAAUUAUUUUAUUUAGUGUGAUCAUUAAAAUAUUAAAAAUAAUUUUAAUAAUUUUACAAAAUAAGAGCAAAUUUAGAUAAUUGGCUCCGACAGUCAUAUAAGACUAAUUUAUUAUAUAAAAUAUAAAAUUCAGGAAUUAUGAAUUUUAGUGAUUUUGGUAGAGGCAAACAUUCCUUAAGACACUCAAUUUCCGUCUAUUAGAUGAAUUAUGAAUCUAUUAUGAAGAUACUCUUCAAAGAUGUUUAUAUUUCGUGAAAUUGGCCUAAGGACCUAGCUUCCUACACAGCAGUAAAACUUAAUUUAUAUUUUAAUACUUUUAUCUUAUUAUAAGAUUUAUUAUUUUCAUAUUUUCGCCACUUAAAUCAUUAUAAAUAAUGAAACAACGCAUACUAACGAAAUCGGUUAAAAUUGUCAGAUACUAAAACCAGUAGGCAUUAAAUCAGUCAUAACAACUUACUAGAUCACUGAAUUUUCUAAUGCCCUUAAAACAUUUCAUAAUUAUUUAUGAAUUUAAAUAUUAUAUUAAAAUUAAACGAAUAGUUUAUUAUACGCCCACUUAUCGGCCUUAUUGCUUUUAUAUAAAUUAUAAUAUUAAAUACAUUUAUAAUUAAAAAUCCAUUUUAUAUUUUUUUUUUUACCACAAGUCUGAAACAUUUUCGAAAAUUUAUUAUGCACAUUUGUUUCAUAUAUAAUCUAAUACUUGCGAAACAAAAUUAAUAAUUGAAAAUUUGUAUAAUAAAAAAUCUGCAAUGAUCUGAAUACUAUUUGUAUUAGUAUUUUAAAUACACGUCUCCUAGAAAUGUAUUAUAAUACAAUAUUAUGUCUUUUGUUUUAUAUUAAUUUUUAAUGAAUAUAUAAAGUUAAGUUUGUCAUUUUAAUAUACAAUAAUUAUGCAGAUACCUUUUUACGUGUAUUAAUUGAUGAUUAAAUGAAUCACUUUAAUUACGACUGCAAUAAAUUGAUCAAUUUAAAAGACAAAUUGCGAGUCUUUAUAUAUUUCAAUUAUAUUUAUUUUAAAUACCUACAUUUUAAUAAUUUGUUUUUUUCAAUACACAAACACAGUUUACAAAAUGCGGUUUAUAUUUCACGUGAGAUCAUAUUGCAAAAUGAAAAACGCAUAAAAUUAGAUAACCAAACCUCGAAUAAUAAUAACUGCAGCCUGCAGUUGUUAUAAUCUAGAAAGAAAAAUAAUUACUUUACUAUACCUAUCAGAUUAUUAGAACGUGACUAUACGGAUUGAUAUAUUUUUUUUGGCGACAAAAAUAUUUUUACAAAAAAAAAAAUACGACAAAAUAGCAUUAUACCUAAUCAUACUUUAUACACAUCAGGACGCACACCAAGGCUUUUCCGCCCUAACACUAAACGCGCGUAUCUCAUCUAUAUAUAUGAUAAAUAAUAAUAUAUAUUAUGUUUUAAACAAUUUUCUUCGUAUUUGAAAAAAAUUCGGUCCAUUUUCAAAUACUAUAUUAUACAAACUAAGCUAUAUAUUAUCUAUAGAGUGUCCCACAAAGCUGUUUAGGUAUACAAAGUAACUUUCCUCGUGUGAACGUGCAUAUUAUAUUAUAGGUACUCACUAAAUAAUAAAUUGUUUACUCGCUCCGGUAACACUGCUGAGUAUACUAUACAAACACGUCUCGUAAUCGCAGUACCUAUACAUGCAUUUAUUUGUGAUCAAAAUUCUUAAUGAGUUUUUCGAGAGCGCGUCAAAAACAUCAUAGUAAAAUGUGAAAAACCGCGUGUCUGAGGAAAACCAGCAUCGUUUAAGGCAAUUAUUGUUUUCGACCCGGGGAUCGCGACCUAACCCAUAAAGGGGUCGCGAUUGAUAGUUUUCAGAAACCACGAGUUUAUCGUGUACACUUUAUAUCGUGUAUAGUGUUCAUGUACUAUUAAACGGUUUUUGAAGAGGUCGAUUUAUACGUAUGACAAAAAUUAGAGAGCCGCGGAUUCCUAAACGGUUGAAAACCGCUGGCUCAAGAUGCCGGCGAUAGGUGCAUAUAAACCGGCUCCGGAGUGACGAUUACCUAAGAUUACCUAUUAUAGUUGACACAUUAAGACUCUUAGAAAAGUCCGAUGUUCGCGACGGGCCUACCCUCCCUGAUUAUUGUACAGCAGUACACAAAAGUCAAAAAUACGACUGUCGUAAUGCGCUUUGCGGUGGCGACCGGUCCUCGCGAAAUCGAUACGCGAGCCGGACGCGUUUUUCUCACACGUCUCGGGACGCCGACGAGUUUUGCGUUUCGAAAUACACUUUACCCCCUCCCCCUCAAUACUAUACACGACUACUACUGUAACCAUAUAACGCUAAUGUCCGUAAUACCGCUCUGUAUAAUAUCGUCGUAUACGGACGUAAAAUAUCGUUAUUAUUAAUAUUAUACGAUGUUUCGGCCGCAACUAUGCGGAUCGGUGUCCGGCUUUCGGUCGGCGUGCGGUGUGCGCGUAUACCCGCUGCAACGUGUGUCACGCCGAGAUCCGAUUACAGAAGAAGAAAAAAAAAUUUUUAAAAAAAACACGAGACCGCAACUGCUUAUUAUAAUGCGUAUACACACGGUGUAUAUGCACGAACAGUUGUAGAUCAGGACCCGCGUCUAUAUAUAGGUAAUAUCGUUAUAAUAAUAUUGUGUAUACGCGUAUUAUAAUAGUUGGCUGCUCCGGGUACACGGCGCGUAUAUGAUAAAAAAAAAAAAAAAAAAAAAGGAAAAAGGAAUAUAAUAAUAAUAAAAAUCACCAUUUUUCCUACCCGGAUAACGAAUACACACGUGCACACGUCGCAUUACAAUAUAAUAAUAUAUAGGUAGUAUAUUUUAUAGGAUGCGUACCUAUGCGACGGAGACGAAGACCGCGACGACGACUUUGUGCGUACCAAUACAGAGAGAAGCGCACGCGUUUGUGUAAACACGACUCGGCGUGCGGCGCGAGUGUUGUGUACCGAAAGCAAACUCGAACAAACUCGUAUACCUACGUAUAUAUAUACAAUAUACAUUAUAUACAUAUUAUAUUAUUAUACAAGGGAUGAUGAUGCAUAAUUCGUAUAAUAUUCCUUUUCUUUUCUUUUUUUUUUUUUUUUUUCACUUUUUUCCCAAACAUCGAAUAUACGCCUACUAUAAUAAUAAUAGACGAGCGCGAUCGUGACCCGUUCGAAAACUACUAUUUAAUGUAUCGAAUCCCACAAUACUCGUUAAAAAUCGACCGCGUAUAUUUACAUAUAUACAGGUGCAUAAUAAAUAUUAUUUACCCACGACGACGCGCGCGUAAUAAUAACCGACGUGUUAUAUUUAUAUUGUUAUUAUUAUUAUUAUUAUUAUUAUUAUUACUCACGUUACCUAUAAUACGUAGACAAUAAUAAUAAUAAUAAUAAUUAUACGGUCAAUGUAACGCGGUCGCCCCGGAAGAUUCGAGUACUGUAGUUCUGAUCGCAUAACCCGAAAAUCGUUAUUCAAAUCGAUCGCGAAAACGGCUGGGAAAAAUUUGAAGAAAUAUUACUUAUCGUAAUGUAUACUAUACAGCGCUAUCGCCCGGGCACAAUCCAUCCGAAAAACACUAAUAAAUAAAAUUGUUUCAAUUAUUAUUAACGUGUCUUCCCGUUCUACGCGUUUUUUUCCUAUUGCAGUUAAUAGCCGUUGCCCGCGGUAAUGUAUAUUUCAAAAAAGGUAUAGGUACUUCCUAGUCCACGGCAACCAAAUUGAAUAAUUACUUUUUUUUUUUUUCAUUAUAGUUGCCAAAAUAACCAUCAACAAAAAAAGAAAAUAAUCACCAAAAUUCUCGUAUCAAGCACCCUAUAGAGUUAGAAUUUUUAGAUAACAAGUAAACAGCGAUCAUCCUCUUUUUUUUUUUUUUCUGAAAGUUGCACUAAGAUCGGAACAAAACUGUAGGCUUGUAUAGCGGACAGCAGACAGACGGACAUACAUACCGACAGAAUUUCAAUGUCAGUUAUAAAAUAUUGUGACGAAGUAUCGUUGUUGACACGAAAAAAAUCAUCUCAUGUACUAGAAAAUCUGAUUUUUUAAAAAAUACAAAAAAAAAUCCAUAGAGAUCUACCGAUACAAGUUUAAAACUAAAACCUCUUAUCUUAUAAAAUACCAAUACUUUAUAAUUUACCUUAGAUACAUAAUAUCUAAAACAAAUUGUUUUGGAGCUUGCGUCCAAUUUGUUUGACGUAGAAAUUAACUUAAAUGGAUUUAAUAAAAUUAGUUAUAAUUCGUUUUUGUUUCAUAAAUGUUUUUAAUUUAUUUAUUAUACAAUUUUAAAAUGAGUCAGUUAUGUGGAUUAUUGAAAUGUUUGGAAUAGUUUUUUAAUUUUUAGAACAUUCAAAUUUUCAUCAUUUUCGAGAAUCGAUAUAUAUUUUUUUUUAAGAUAAAUAAUUAAAAAGAGGAACUAUUUCGGCAAACUUACAAAUCAAAAUCGGUUUAUUUCACAUAGUUGUCAACGUACAAAAAAAUGUAAAAAGUGCAUUUUACAUAAAACCUCGAAAUAAAAAAUUUAUCUUGUAUGUAUAACUUCAGACAGUAGUACAAUAUAACUAACGGUGCAAAAAUAUUUUGUUUUGUCUAUGAUUUAUCAAUGGGCAGCUGCGAGUUUCCACAAUAUAAUCUCGUAAUUUUUUUUUUUUUUAACUGUUUUAAUAAAACACUGGAGCGUUAAUCUUAAUCAGCGGAUUAAGAUUCCGGAUUUAUUGCUAUUGUUGCAGUAUUCUGAUAUCGUUUCGAUUGUUGCCGUUUCAGAUUCGGCCGUUCCAUUAUAACAUUUAUUUGUGUAUGUACUAAUGUAACAAUAUUCAGUGACGCGGCGAACGCCGGUCUUUUAAAUAAAAAUCGCGAAUCGGGGAAUUUUUUUUUUAGACAUCGAUUAAACAGGCAGGGUGGUUGGUCCGUCGUCCUACCUUGUUACAUACGUGUAUAGUAUACUAUAACAUGCCUCCUUCCGUCGCCGAUUUCCAUCAACACGAGCGUAUAUUUUUAUCGUACACGCCCGUCUUCCAAGUUCGCCGCUCCGACUACAUUAUAAUAACGCUAUGUGUGGGUUCUGUACACACUAUGCGCAUUAUGCUAUUAUGCGUUUCACACGACGUCUUUGUGCGUUAUUGUGAUGCGUACAAACGGUCGCGUACCCAUACCAACGUCAAUAACAAUGUAAAUAAACCUAACCUCCGUAUUCUGUCGUCGCGUAUUACCCUUUAUAUCAUACAAUGUACCCCGCAGUAGGUAUACGCGCAAAAUGUACAGCGUGUGCGCGGAUAUUCCAUACACGCAUUGCAACCAAUCACGGUCGGACCGCGCCGCGGCCGCGUCAAAUCCGAUUCCUGUCCGAAAUUCCUGGCCCCGCGCGUUGCAAUAUUUUGAUGAUAACAAAAUAAUAUUUCGUAUUUAUAUUAUAGACCUGUAUUUGUGUGUGUAUAUAUAUAUAUGAGGUAUAGUGUGUACGUUUGUAUAUUAUUAUUAUUGUUGCCGUAUAUAUUUAUUAUUAUAUUAUUAUUAGAGGUAUGUUUCCGCAGACGCAUCGCGCACAAUAGACGGAAAUUUCGCGGUUUUAUAUGUAAGAUUAAUAUUUCGUCAAAAACUGACGGCAAAUAAUAAUAAUAAUAAUAAUAAUACGUAAACCCGUAUAAUACGCGCGUAUGUCUCGUCUAAUCUCGUCAAGAAUUCCGAACGAACACGCACAACGGAUAGUGUUAUUAGUACUGCUUAUAUUACUCGUACAACUGUACAUGCAUAGAUAGGUACACACUGUACAAUAUAAUACAGUUAAGGUACAUAAUAUACCCAUACGCCGCCAAGCCGUUUUCCACAGCCGCGCGGGCCAAUAUUUUAUGUUGUUUCAUCUGUUAUAUUAUACGCUGGUAUUCUCAGACCGACUUUGGAAAAAAAAAAACAAAAAAACAAACAAAUAUAAUAUAACUAUAAUUGUACUAAUUGUUCGUAAAAACUCGUUUUAAUAUCUUCUUACUAUCGGUGUUAUUCGUGUUGAUUCAUCUGCUGCGUUUAGUGGCGUUGCCUUCCUCUCCCCUUCCCACUAUUUUUUAUUAUUUUUCAUAUUUUCGUCACUUUACAAUAUCAUCGUGUAUGUUGUUUUUUCAUAUUUCAUUAAAGAUUAAGUGCCUGAGUAAUAAAUGCAUUUAUAAAGGCAUUAACAAAUAAAUUUGUAAUUUCGGACUUGUUCUCCCCCAAGAAAUUCUGGCUACGCCACUGGCUGUAUAUUUUAUAAUAUAUAUAAACGUAUUAUCAUUGAUUCAUAGACGAAACACGAGUAGACCAGGAAUGAUACAAUGAUGAACAGCAACGUACUUGGGGUUUUACCAAAGACCGUCUAAACGUAUAUUGUAAAAAUAGUAAUAAUUUAUUCAGAUCAGUAAAACAGUGAUAAUAUCAUGGCUCGUAAUUUGUAAAUUUGACAAUGCGUAAUCGUCAUGACUUCAUGACAAAUCGGCGGAGUUUUUUUUUUUUUUAUAGUCGAGUCUAUGAAAUUCAGUAUAAUUUUUGCAUAUAAUUAUCACAGAAAAAAAAACUAUUUAAAAAUGUUUUUGUCAUGAAAAACCUUAUUUAUUUUGUCUGUUUCUCUCGCACAUGUUGUCUUCGAUGUAUCAUAGCAGUGACGGUCAAAUGAUAUUUCAUCAUUUGUGGGGGGAGUCUAGGCUGAUUUUUUUUUUUUAAAACAUUGGUUAACAAUAAUUAUUAUUUUAUUUUCUAUAAAUAUAUAACCCUAAGUCCAUUCCAUUCCCUUUCGUUUGAUCAGCUCUGAUUAGUGAUUACGUCAUGUAAAACAGCCGUCUAUCCUGAUCUAUUUCACGUGUCUAUGAGCCAUAAUCAUAUGCAGUUGUCCACUAUUAUAAUGACAAAUUAUUGAUAAUAUUAUAAUCAUACACUAUUCGAGGUAAUAUAAUAUAACAUAAACUAUUAAUCAAUGAUAGUAAUAAUAUUGGAGCAAUAACUAUUUUAUUCGGUAUGUGUACACAUAAUAAUAUCGUCUCGAUUUGAUUUUUUUUUCUAAAUAUAUGUAUAUAUAGCUAUAAUUAAACGACUAUAUAUAAUAUUAUUAUGUCACGCGUGUCCGUAUAAUAACAUGAAUAUGAUAAUAUUGUAUAUAAUUACUCCAAAUUCUCUGAUAUGUACGUAACCUAGUGGAAAAGCGGUUUUAUAAAAAAAUAAUAAUUAAAACAAACAUUAUUAAUAUCCUAUCCUCACUCGCCUAGUGUCGUAAUUACGUCGGUAUAAUAAUAAACUGAAAUUGACAUUUCAAAGGGAUUCGUUUUAGAUUCCGAGUGUAGCGAAGAAGGUAUAUUAGUUUCUUUUUUCUCGGAAAACACUUUUUCGGUUAAACGCUCCAGAUUAUUUGAGUAUCAUACCAUAAAAUAGAUAUCAAUUUUUCGGUGACCUUUAAUUUUUAAAUUCUCCACAGUUUUUCUAAACUAAUAACUCCAACUGCAAUUAACCGAGUUUCCGUCAGAACCGAUUUUUGUUUGGAAUGAUUGAUCGUUGCUUUUAUACAUCAACUAAAUUACCUUGUAUCAUCAAGUAUCUAUACCUUCCGAACUCCAUCCUUCUGAUCUCGGACUCAAUAGUUCAUCCGUAAUCGAACGAUCAACCAUCAUCAACCGAAUUUUGAAACGGGUGAACCGCAAGUUUGUAAAUUGCUGUGCAGUAUACGAGCGUAUUUGACCAAUAUUUUUGUACAACAAUAUAUUAUUAUAGGUAUCUAACCUAUGAGGGCACGCACGCAUAUAGGAGGUUAUAGAUAACAUAGUUAACUGCACGCACAGCACGCGUACAGGGAUAAUGAUCGCGAGUAUUGGGAUGAAUGCCGACGGUUUCCACAUUAAUCAGAAUCGCGAACCCUAUCGCAUCGUUAUUAUAUGUCACUAUUAAUAGUAUUAAUAUUACAGUACUAUAUAAUAGUAUUAAUUAGUAUUGAAGUGCAAUAAAUGCAUGAACGUGCAGUUGGUUUGGCUACCUAUAGUAAAAACUGCAAUCGUGUCAAAAUCGUUGUUAUAUUAUAAAAAUGUAUUAAAAUGGCAUGUCCACACUUAACCAAAUUUAGGCCAAGCAAACGCGAUCUGGGAUCCUUAUUGUUGGGUUAGGUUGGAUUAUUGGUUUAGGUGUCAUGUAAUCAGUCUCCAGACAGAACCAAAAUAAUUGUUCGUGUAUGCAGUAUAAAUUGUAAAUAUUUUAAAAAAAAUACACAGUAAAAACCGAAAAAUCUUAACAUUUGCAUGUAUAGAAGAAAUAAUAUGAAAAAAUAAUUUUAAUUAGAAUCCAAAUUGGCAGCACGAAACACAUUUUUUUUCGACUUGAAAUAUUAUGCUCUUAUUAUAUUAUACUUCUUGAACAAGUCACAAAUCCCGGGCUAUGAGUGUUAUACGUGAACCUACGUAUAGGCAUUUUUUUAGAAGUAUUGUUUAUUAUUUUAAAGACAAUUAAUGCGAGUUCACACAUUUUACAAGGUCCGAUUUGAUACAAAGCGAAUUACUUUAAAGAAUUUUUUAAGAGCUAAAUCCGAAUCGUGCAGUAGUUUUUAAUACUUAAGAAACCGUACAGAACUGGGUAAUAAAAAAAUAAAAUUAUUUCCUUAAAGUUUACGGAUUUGUGAAUUUACAUAUUUUAUAGUAGGUACUUGGCCUCUCAAGAAUAUAGUUUGUCGCGAGCGAAGCGACCCGGGGUUUUUUGAACGGUUCAAUCUGAUUAUGGAUUUGCACUUGUAUUAAUAACGCAAUAUUCGUCAUAAACGAACGUGCGCCCUAAAGUUUUUUUUUUUUUUGUAUUUUUUACGAAAACAACGCUGGCCGCACACAUUAUAUCGCCCGUUGGAACGAGACGAACGGCCACUGUGUACCUAUAAUAUCGUAGCUGUCGCACGGCCUCUUAUAGUAACGUGAUUUUCGGUGCUCCUCCUUUCUCCCUCCCCUCCCCACUCAAUACCCCCGCGAUCACCCGAUCAACGGCGGCACAACACGGACUCGACAAAUCCGGUUUUUCGGAAAUCCGAACGUUAUUAUAAUAUACAAUUAUUAUUAUUAUUAUUAUUAGGCAUCGGCUAUACCUAUUUUUUCACCCGCUGCGGCGGCGGCCGCCGCCGAUUAGAUCACAGAUUUGUUGCGCGACUGUUAUAAUAGCCGCCGUGUAACUAUAAUACGGUCGCCCACCGCCGACGACCGUGUGCGGCGCGAGAGCUCGACGCGAUCAGUGGUUGAGGGGGGGGAGAGGGCAAGGGAGAACGACAAGAAUUAUUGCCCUUUUUAUCUCAUUAACUAAUUUAUCGCGGUCGCACGACGGCAGUUGAAAUAAACGCGCAGGAGAUAAUAUUAUACAAUAUUACCGAACAAACAAACAGUGUACCACCGCCGCCGGAGUCGUUUAUUUUAUUAUUAUUACUCGUUUUUUUUUCUCUCCUCUUCUCUUUUUCUUUUUUUUUUUUUCAACUCGUCUAAUGGCGUUUAAAAACCGAGACAAAUCAGCGGCUACGAUCUCUCAGCGCGCGCGACUCGUCCCCGGCGCGCAACGGUCGUCCUCAAUACAACAUAAAAUAUUGCGCCGCGUCGGGCGAGCUGUACGCAGUCAAAUACAAAUAAUAUACGUAUAUAAUAUUAUCAUUACCCGUAACACCGCGGGUACCAUUAUAUUUUUAACGCGUCCGGAUAAUUAUUAUCGCGCUAAUUUGCCGCGCGCGCUAACCGUCCGGGCAAUUAGCCGCGUUCAAACCACACCGCAAAUAAUUUUAAUAUCGCCGCAGCGGCAGCUCUCGCGCCACUGGUAUAAGUACCUGCAGGCUGCAGCGGCUAUUACUCCGCCGCACUUAGGCCUUCGACAGUAGUAACAGUAGUAGUAAACUUAUUAUUGGACCGAUUUCGGGGCCGGAGCGUCAUUCGAGGGGAUUUUUUUUGUUUUCAUACAAGAAACUGUUUUUGCCGGACUUAUUUUAAUAAAAAUAGAUAGGCAUACCUACAUUAUAAUAUACCGACGCAUAGAGACCAGUUAAAACGUUAUGUAUGAAAUGUGGUUAAGUAUUGUGUAGGAAGGAAAAUAAGCAUUGAAGUACAUACUUAGAACCAAAGGCGUGCGCAGAUUUUUUCCACGAAUUAUAAAAUUAGAACUAGAAAACGGCCCUCCCCAAAUUAUAAUCAAAUAUAAUUGAGACCCUUCACGAAAAUAUUUAGUUUAAUCACGGUCGAUUAUGUUACGAUGUAAUGUGAUCUAUAUUAAAUGAAUAGCAAUUAUUGUACAAACGUUCAAGUUUAUAAGUAUGUGGUAUAAUGGAGAAUUUUGGACUUCUUCAUGAAGCUGCAGACUAUAUAUGCAGCUGUAUAUACAGGGUAUGCAGGAUAUGCAUCCUGAAAUCCUGCAUACCUCGUGCGCACGCUUUUGCUUAGAACUGUAAAAGAAAAACGUACAUUCAUGGAUGCGAUUAGAACAAAGCGAUGGGCAAUGGAGGGCCAAGGCAUGAGACACCCAGACGGGUUGCAUGAUAUAAUUAUAGAAGGAAAGAGAAUUGCGGGACAUCCUCAAAACUCUUAUAACACAAAACAAGUUAAAAUUAAUGCAAAAACAUUGAGGAACUUAAAAAAAAGGCGAGACCAACCUACGGGAUGUAAAAAUAUAUGAAAGCAACGAACGAGUAUUUACCGUAUUAGCCAAUCUAUAACGGGUAAAAUAUAAUGUGUUUUCGUACUUAUAAUAGUGUUCAGGCCCUGCAGGCGCGUACAGGCUCGCCGGGAUACCGCGGAAGUUAUUUUCCGGUUGGCCCUUCCCUAUUUAUAUAUAGACGUUUUACUUAUACGUCUCGCGAAUUUUUCCAUUCCUGUUGCCCAAAAAUUACCUAUUUUAGCUUUGUAAUUUCUUUGGUACCUUAUGAAUAAUAUUUAUAAUCUUUCUUUAAUAGUGAAGUUUCAUUUGAUUAUUUCUCAGUAGACUUAUACAUACUUCAUACAGUAGUUUAGCACAGUAUAAACUUGUUUUUCCAAAACUAACACGAGAAGUUGAACUAAACGUUUAUGGAACAGUUGUUUUGACAUUUUUUUCCAAACUUAAAUUACUUAAGUAUAUAUUAUCGAAUUCGCCUUUUAAAAUAUAUUAUGAUAAAAUCAGUAGAUAAAUAAAAAUCUGAAAAAAAAAACUGUUCUAUAAACAGUAAAACUUGUUUCACUUAAAUGGUUUGUUAGAGUUCUCUGAGUGUGUACUAUCGGCACCAGUUUUUAUUAUUUUUUUUUUUUGAACAACGUAUACCUAUUUUAAGUUUUUUUUUAAUUAUAUAAGAUAUAAAACAUUUGUUUGAAUUUAGAUCCGCUUUCCGUACAAUAUACUAAUUGGUGAUAUUUUUUUUUUUUUUUACAGAGACGAAAAUCAAUACGAGGACGAUGGGCUGUUUCCCGGGCGAAAGCGUGGUGACCACGGGCACGGGUGAGAAGAAGCUGAUGAAGAACUUGCGGGUCGGCGAAUCGGUGCUGGCGUUAUCCGACGACGGACAGCUCCGGCCCAGCAAGGUGCUGUUGUUUCUGGACCGGAGCGAAACGGCCCGCACUGAAUACGUCACGCUGGUGACGGACACGGGCAAGUCGAUAACGGCCACACCCACGCACCUGGUACUCCGGUGGGAGAAACCGGAGCGGUCGCAGAUCCGUAACGCCAACCCGGUGUACGCGAAACGGGUGCGCGUCAACGACACGUUGCUGACGGUGGUUCGCGACAACGACGGCCGGCCGCGACGGUUGAACACGGAGCGCGUUGUGGCCGUCCGGCACACCCAACGAAACGGCUUGUACGCGCCGUUGACCGUCGACGGUACCCUGGUAGUGGACGACGUGGUCGCGUCCUGUUACGCGGUCAUCGACAGCCACUGGCUGGCCCAUCUCACCUUCCUGCCGACCCGUUUGGUGGCCGCGGUCCGGGCAUCCCUGCGCGGCUUCGUCUGGCGGCUGGGCCAUCCGCUGGCCGACUCGGCGGCAGCGACUGACGUCGAUCCCGACCCGGACGCGGUACAGCCCGUCGAUGGCAUACACUGGUACCCCCGGAUGCUGUACGCCAUAUCCGACUACGUGAUACCGGCCGGAUGGAUGGACACGAACUAAGCCCCCGGAGUUCUGUUCGGACAUUUACGAAAUAUAUAAUAUAAUACGACGGAUAUUCAUAUCGGUCAUAUUAUAUUGUUGUUGUUUUUGUUGUUGCGGCGCGGUUAAUAUAAAUAACCGGUGCACGGUUAUGCACGACGAUGUUCGGAGGAGCCCGGCCCGUGCACAAAAAACGAUAAGCGGCAAAAAAAAAAAAUGUUUUUCUUUUCUUUCCCGCGCUUAUUGUACUUUCUACUUCCGAGGUUUUUAAACGCGGAUAUAUUUUUCAUACAAUAUUCGCGCCUGCGCCGAGAAGAGCGGUGAAGUUUUUCCGUUUCGUCUAUCACGCCCGGGCCGCCGGGAAUAGGGCCGGGUCGCAAAAGCCGUUUCUACAACCGUCGAUCGCGCGGGAAAACAAUCGACAGAAACGAAAUAAAAAGCGCGCCGCGAUUGACUUUUACUCCCCGCGUCUACACAACGAACAAUAAUAUAGGUAUCGCGCAAGUACCCACGCCGUUAUCGUCUCGCGUAUGUACGCCGGCGAAAGUUAAACCUAACUUAAUAUGACCUAUAACCGCAAUAACCGACCACGGUAUCGUUAUUAUUAUUUAUCAUAAUAAAUUAUUUUGUUUGUGCGUUUUUUUUUUUCUUUAUUCAAUCACCGGGCCAUCCCGACCUCCGACGCGCCUGACACAAAACACACGCCAACGGUUUUCAUCCGAUAAUCGUAAUUAGGUAUUUUUUUUUUUUACAUUAUAAUGUUAUUAUGCGUUUAACGGUGUGAUUGUCAUUUAUAAUAUUUAUCGAUUUUGUAUAAAUGUACAUUUAUUUAUUCCCCCGAGCCAAUUAUUACCUAUAUAUAAUAUAUUAUAACAUUAUUGGUCUACGGUCCAAUAUUUCCCCUAAUAUUAUUAAUUUAGUGCCCGAUUAUAAUAUACCUAUUUAUGUGUCGUACCUAUAUAUUAUUAUUAUUAUAAUACUAUAUUAUUAUUGUCGGACGCGUUGUUAUCUUUAUUUAAUUGACUCGUAUUAUAUUAUUAUGUAUUCGUGUAAAUCUUAGCUGUGUCCUGUAAAUAUUAUUAUAAUAAUAUGACUUAUUUAUUUUCCCUCGUAUAUAUUGUACCUACCUACCCGUCGUCGUAUGAAUUUUAUGUAAAAAAAAAAAAUAAAUAAAACGUGUCUCUGUAUAAAAAAUAAACUACCUACGUGAAAUCAA